CUCCUCCCUCCCAGCUCCCUGGCUGUGGCCGCCCUGCCUGGCCGCUGAGGCUGUGAGUGCUGUCCCCGUGUUUAGGUGGAUCCGGCCUUUUACUGCAGAGACCCCCAGGGACCCCCACUGACUGCAUGAUGGCUGCCCGUGCCUCGCCCUUACUGCUGAGCCUGGCUCUGCUCACUGUUUGUUGGAAAGGUAAGAGCAACAUGGUAUGGCUGUGUGUGAUGGGCUCAGUGUCCUGUAUUGGCUGUGUGUGAUGGGCUUAGUGCCCUGUAUUGGCUGUGGGUUAUGGGCUCAGUGUCCUGUAUUGGCUGUGGGUGAUGGGCUCAGUGUCCUGUAUUGGCUGUGUGUGAUGGGCUUAGUGCCCUGUAUUGGCUGUGUGUGAUGGGCUCAGUGUUCUGUAUUGGCUGUGGGUGAUGGGCUCAGUGCCCUGUAUUGGCUGUGGGUUAUGGGCUCAAUGUCCUGUAUUGGCUGUGGGUGAUGGGCUUAGUGUCCUGUAUUGGCUGUGGAUGAUGGGCUCAGUGUCCCGUAUUGGCUGUGUGUGCUGGGCUCAGUGUCCUGUAUUGGCUGUGGGUGAUGGGCUCAGUGUCCUGUGUUGGCUGUGGGUGAUGGGCUCAGUGUCCUGUGUUUGCUGUGGGUGAUGGGCUCAGUGUCCUGUGUUGGCUGUGUGUGAUGGGCUCAGUGCCCUGUGUUGGCUGUGGGUGAUGGUCUCAGUGCCCUAUAUCCCCCUAAUUACAUUUUGGAAGCAAGCUGCAUACUCAUAGGGCUUUCUCUGUCUUCUAGUGAUGGCUAAGCUUCAUUGGAACUGUAGUCCACAGCAGCUGUAGUGCAAAGGACAGCAAUCACUGCACUGUAAAUAGUAUUCAUCCAUUACCAUGUCUGGCUGAGAUUAAUGGGGAGGGUAUUGGAGUACUAUAUAUUAACAAUUACCGCUCUAUGCUCAUUAUUACAAUUGUUGGCUAAGAAUGAUAGGGAUGGUAUGCCACAGCAGAGUGUAAAAUGGCAGCAAUCACUUCUCUGUUAUCGGGAUUACCAGCUAUUAUCAUGUCUGGCUGAGAGUUAUUUGGACAGUAUUGCUCGGCAUUAGGAAUUUCAAAUGGCAGCAAUCUAUUUAUAGUACAGUAUUACCUAUAUGAUCAUGACUGCCUGAGAAUCAUGGGGAAGACAUUCCACAACAUUUUGAGAGCCAGAUGGCAGCAAUCCCCGCUCUAUGCACAGUGUUGCUCAGUAUCUGUUGGCUAUAUGUUUAUAUUAACAUACACAAUAUUUGGAAACCACAGUUCUAGUGUUUUAAAACAGUGAAAUCCUGUCUUAGUCAUUUAUUAAUUUGUAUCUUUUUAUGUAUUUUUUUUUUUUUGUUCUUAAAACACUGAAUUGUAGUAAACGGAAAAACCCGAAUGUAAAAAGAAUUUUACUGAUGCCUAAAAUUAGCAGAUUAUUUUUCUAUUUGCUACAACAUUCUAUUUAGUAAUUGUCCAAAAACCGCAGGGAAUGAUGUCUUGAUUCCAGUUUCUCCAACUUUGAAAUAUGUCUCUCUCUCUGUUUUUGAAUUAAAGUUCAAUGCUUCUUACCUGUUAUUCUCACUAAACCAUUACAUUUGACAAAUUCUAACAUUGAAAUUAAAAGGGAGAUUUUUGUUUUUCCAGCUCGACUAUUUGGGGUUAAUUGUUCGCUUAUCAUUUAUUGGAUAACUAACAGCACAGACAUUGGCAGUAGUCCUAUUGUGUUUCCUAUCUUUUAUUUAUAAAACACAUUUUGGCUUACUAAGCCUUAAGUAACUGCAAUAUUUAACUGGUCCAUAUAAACCAUAAUGGAUACACUACUCUGGCAAGGUGAUUGACGGGGGCAUGACAUGAGAAGUAGGAUUCAACUGGUUCAUUCUUGGUUUAAAAGGCUCACGUGUCUGUACCUAAGGCCUAGAGAUGAAUCUGCAGAUUUAGAUCUGUGGGGGCAAAAUGGAAGUUUACACCAACCUAAUGAAGCUAGUGCCAUCCUUGAGCUAAACUUUAGGAUACAGGGCUAAAUGACCCUGCUUCUUUAAAAUAUCUGUAACACCUGGCAUGGCUUAGCCAUUUUCCGCAUUCCAGCAUAACUAUCUUGGCCAAAAUAUGCUAUUCGCUGGUUUAAUAAGUGAUUGUUAUAUUAGUUAGUUGACGUCCGUAUGCUUAUUUAGCCAAUUUACAUUGAAAGAGUUACCAUGACCAUGUCACUUGAGUAAAGUGGUCACGGUGCCUGGAGUCUGUAUGUGAAGCAUUUUGCUAUAAAACACUGCACAUACAGCGUUUAACCCUUCUGGUGCCAGACGUGUGGUUAUGGUGCCAGGAGGGCCCUAAUACUUGCUUAACUUUGGGGGUUUAAACCAUUAACAAAUGGUUUAACCCCAAAGUGUUGAAUCCACGGUCGGUUAACUGCUAGUACUUUUGACUGAAGCUUGGAUCAGGAAGCCUCAGACAAGGCAACCUCUGAUUGGCUGAGAGCAUCGCUAUCUAAGCCAAUCAAUAGCUCCCCUUUCACAAACUGGCUUAAAAUAAAUACAUAUGUACAGAUAGGUUAAAUGCUACUUAAAAUGUAUAUUUCAUGAGCCAUUUACAUGUGAGCUGUUAAAUGCUACUUUGGAUUUUAGAUUAUUCAAUGGUAUAACUGUGCACGUCAAUUACCUGCCCCACGCGCCCCCCCCCCAAAAAAAAUUAACAAAAAUUAAUUAAACUAACUUGGUUAUUGGCCGCUCUUACAUAUCACUGCUAGUGAAUGAGGUUAUAGUAUGCCGUUUAACAACCCAGUGGGUGAAAUCUUUUGGGAGGAACAAACAAUUUGUAUGUGUUGUGUUUUACAAUAUGCAGGAAUUUUGUGCUGUCAACAUUUCUGUUGGUUUAGUUCACUGCAACAGAUAGCUAAUCCUUCAUCUGAAAGGAAUUGGGAUUACUGAGCGACCCGUAUCAAACUAUUUAUCUUCUGUUGUGAUUAUGUUAUUAAGAUCAGAUCUCAGCAUGUGGCGGGUAUAUGAUCUGGAUUGCGUUAACACGUUUGAAAUAACCAUGUACUUUCACAAGAGAAAGCGAUUAUCAGAUGAUUUCAUUUGAAGACCUUGGUAGUUAUUGAUAUCAAAUAGUAAAAAGUUACAAACUAUUAACUUAUAUUAUUCAGAAAUAUAUUUGCACUUAAACCAUAUAUUUUAAUUCAGACAUAUUGUUUAAAGCUAUCUGAUGAUUUCCAUGUUCUUUCAUAAACACUCUACAAGUUGGUCCAAUACUUUUUAUAUGUAAGGACCACCAGUAUGAUUGACACUGUCCGCUAUAAUUUAUUCUAAAAAGAGAACUGUUGUUUCUCUGCAAUUUACGCCAUUGAAAUCACCUGAAACAUGUUGGCCUUUUUCCAGACAUGUUUCAUUUUCUUUAAAAUAUCUUAGAUUUAGCAAUUGACAACUUUGAUCCAUUUUACACAAGACAAAGACAGGGCAAACCUGUGGAGGAGGAGAAAUAGACACUGUUUCAUUUCUUUUCUUUUAUGUAUGCUUCCUCUAUGCACCCAUACAUGUUUGUAUUCCUGACACUAUAGUGUUUCUUUAAGCCACAAAGCUGAUGGCGAAAUUCUCACUGAGCUGUAGUUUCAUUUAUCUUGACAUUUUAUAUCCGGUUUUCAAUGACCACAAAUCAUUGCUUUGUGUGUAAAAAAACAACAAAAAAAAAAACAAACAAAAAAAAAACAACCUCACUGUACGUUUUAUAUUUGUUUCAUAUAGAGCGAGCAUUGCACUUAAUGGAACACUCUUGGCACCAUUACGAAUUUAAUCUAAAUGAUGUUGUUAUGGUUUCUGAAAGUCCUGAGCGCUUAUUUCCUUAAAGGGAACCUGUCACAGCCUUGCCUUACCCUCUGCUCCCGCGGCUCUUUGUCCCACCUCUGGUACUCCGUUGCUCCUUUCACAGUCAUUUUCAAUUUGUUUCCCUAAGCAGUGCAAACCUACUCGAUGACGCCGACAUGUUGGCUUCAUUGCUAGAAUGCCGGUGACUAAAUGUCACUCCAUUCCUAUACUCCCUAGCCAAUACUAGUAGCAUAUGGUUUAGGGUUACCAUGGCAACUGGUGAUUGUGAUUUCCAUGCUUAGAGAGCAGAACAACCACCAGUGUUCUCCUGCUCUCUUUUCUUAAUUAGUUCUUUGGCAUCGAGUCUGGGCCAAAUAAUUGACAGGUGGGUUCCUUUUAAGGUUUAAACUGUUUAUAAAGUGUAAUUUUAAGACGAUUUUAUUGAAAUUUUUAAUAGGAUAUCUGUACAAUUACAAUUCCCCUACUUACACUGAUCUCAUACUGUUUUAAUUUAUCAAAGAUUUUAUGGUAAAAUAUGAUUUUUACGAGAAUAUCCCAUUUACUGUAUUUUGAAUAAUUCCUCAAUAUGUUCAGACGUGGACGGUUUAAAUCUGUGUGUACUGAAUACCGUUGGAUACAGUUAUGUCAUUAGCAAUACGUUUACUAAGUUUCAAUACGUUAAGGAAUAAUGUGCAAUAUGUUAGGAUACGUAAAGUUUUAAAAUGUAUCGAGUGUAAUACCAGAAAUGUUGUUACAUGCUAAUAUACUGUUUACGAACAAGGAGAAGGAAACAUCAACAUUUUUAUCAACUUUUAAUGUUGAAUGAAUUAAUAAGACACUGUGACUUUAAAUCUAAGAUAUUGGGAUAACGAUAUGAAUCCUAUAUAUACCACUACCGAUCGCCGCCUCCUAUCUUGACCAAGCCCACAGGAAGCGGGCAAAACACGUUGAAGGAGAGCGGCAUCCAGAGCCUCUAGGCAAACACAGGGGUGUGCAGUGCGGACGUCCUUCCGUUUUGUGGGAGUUCCAUCCCGGUCUGUGUGCAGAGACGACCAUCAGACGGAGUGGUAACAUCUGCACAAUAUUGUUACAUUGCUGUUUGUGUAGUUAUUGGAAACCGUACCACAUUGAUUUUAUGUAAGAGUUCCAUUUGGGGGAUUAUUUAUUUAUUUAUUUAUUUUUAAAUUAUUAUUAUUAAUUGCGCAAUAUUACUCUGUGUGUGCAUUUUUUAUCCUUUGAAAGGUAUCGAUAUACUUGGACAAGCUACCAUUCGGAUACUUUUGGAGUAAAUGACGUAUAUCCCCAUCCUCCUAGAUUUAUACUGCACUGUAUUGAAUGCGAACUGGGACUCUAUAGAUAUAAGGUCAAAUAUACACAGUUUGUUGUACCCCAAACUAUUUGUCUAAGGGGAUUAUUUGCUAAGAGCUUGCACUUUUUCCGUAUACAUUAUAACCUUCCAUAGGUUUAUUGAUUUCAGAGCUGAACAUAUUGCAGUGGUAAAUUUGCAUAUAAUGCAUAUUAUACAUUCUCACACUUUUCGCGUAUUACACUUUCUUUAAGAAAAAUAAUCAAAGUAAAGUCACCCCAAAAAAAUUAUAAAUGGAAACAGGCGUCAUCCACUGAAUAUCACUCAAACGUGUCUGAUAGUGACCAUAUACACCCUCAGUACAAGUUAUAUCAAAAGACAUUUAGAGCCAAUAAAAAUGCUAAGCCCAGAGCUGAUAUAAGAAAUAAAAUAACAAAAAGGAAACAUUAAACAGGUGUUAAAAAAAAUUCCUUUCUACUUCAAGAACAAUGUGCUCAAUGCAUAAUCUUCUUAUAUGCGUAAAAUAUAAAAAAAUCCCUCAAUAGUCCAUUAAAAGCCCAUCAUGUUAUUUGUAAGUCCGCUUUUCAAAUCUGCAUAUGUAGAAAUGGAUUCUGAAACGAGAAAUCACAGGACCACAAUCUGCAGUUUGCUUUUUAUAUAUUUUUUUCCUUAUAUCCAUUCUAAAUAAAUAUUUUAGGAACUAAAGGAAAAAACUAAACAAAAAAAUAUAUAAAUAUUUUUAAAAAAGUUAAUAAUCUUGGAUAACACUAUUUGAAUCAGAGCUUGGCAGUAAUUCAUUGCUUCCUUUUUGACAAGGCUGGCAUUAGUGAUAAAUUGCCCACCACCAUCCCCUCUGGUUGCCCACCUGAGUACUUGUGGCAUGGUCAAGCGGUCACUGCAAUCCUUUGCCUUCCUUUUCAGCCAAAGGAACACUCUAGGCACUAUAACUGCUUCAUCUCAUGGAGGUGGUUAUAGUAUCUGGUGUUCGCUGGUGCCAUUCUUCUUCUAUUUAGUAAUAAACCAUUUUCUAAUGUUUAAAUGCUGCUCGGGCUAAUGAGGAAGCAUUACCAUGAAAAAAAGUGUAUAAUCUUAGCUAUUCCUCCAGUACGUGCCUGGCUGUGGGUGACUAGGGACCCUCAUUCAGUAAAGGAGGAAACUAUAUUUAAAAGAAGAAAAACUACCACAACAAGAGGACAUAGUCUUAAAUUAGAGGAACAAAGGUUUAAAAAUAAUAUCAGGAAGUAUUACUUUACUGAGAGGGUAGUGGAUGCAUGGAAUAGCCUUCCAGCUGAAGUGGUAGAGGUUAACACAGUAAAGGAGUUUAAGCAUGCGUGGGAUAGGCAUACCCUGUUUCCCCGAAAAUACACCCUACCCCGAAAAUAAGCCCUAGCCGGAUUAUCGGGGUGGGCUGCAAUAUAAGCCCUACCCCGAAAAUAAGACCUAGGCAUUGCACCUUUGCGGCCCGGCGAGACUUCCUUCUUCUACCGUAUGAGGAGGAGGGGGAGGAGCGUUGCGGGCCGCGGCAUCGCGCAACGUGAUGACGACCUUUCGCAGCGCCGUCAGUCUGCCUUCACGGAUCUUCAGCGGAAGGAUCCAUUUCCGGGCGGUGAGGCACCCAGUGGUCGGACUCGGCGGGCAAGGAAUCUUUGAAAUGUGAGUAGAUAUUUUAUGUCUGGGACUGAAUUAAUUAAAGGGGGUGGGGUGUGUGAAUUAAUUAAAGGGGGGGGCUGGAUUAAUUAAAGUGGGGUGGAUUAAUUAGAGGGGGGGUGGAUUAAUUAAAGGGGGUGGAGAAAAGUUGUUUAAAUGUUGUUCAAUGUACAUACCGGUACCAUAAAUAAAUAAGCCCUACCCUGAAAAUAAGCCCUAGUGUGUUUUUUGUGACUAAAAUUAAUAUAAGACCCGGUCUUAUUUUUGGAGAAACACGGUAAGGCUAUCCUAACUAUAAGAUAAGGCUAGGGACUAAUGAAAGGAUUUAGAAAAUUGGGCAGACUAGAUGGGCCGAAUGGUUCUUAUCUGCCAUCACAUUCUAUGUUUCUGUGUUUCUAUGUUUCCUUGUUAAACUGAUCAGAAAUGGAUAAACCCUGAAUGGAGGGGCAGCGCCAGACACUCCAGGCACUAACCAAAUCAAUGAUAUUAAAUGGUUUAAUGCUUGGGUGGGCUACUGAUUGAUAAAUGGGGGUGGUCUAAGAAGGGAUAACUGGUGGUUUAUAAAAAUGUAUAUAUACCUGGCUAGGUGUCAUGGGAAUUGCACUAUACCCUUCAAACUGCCUUUGCUAUCAGUUAAUUGCAAUUAACUUCACCGAAGCAGGGGGGCUAUAAAUGUGGAAGUUAUAUUUAUAUACCUUGGUAUUUUAGUAAUGUAGAUACUGGCUCUGAUAAACUUUUGGAUGCAUAAGGGUAGUGACUAAUUUAAGUGAGAGCUAAAUGUAUACACCAUCUCUUGUCUACCAGCAUAAAAUGGUUCAUGUCCUAUUGUCACUUCCAUUUUUUACUGAUUUUAUUCACUAUAUUGGGAAUCGACAAAAGAAUUAUAUACUUUAGACUACUCUAGCGAAUUUAAAAUAUAAAAAAAUGAGUUUCACCUUUUUCCCCUCUUUCCAUUUAUACUUACUUUGGCCUAAAAGUAUUCAAGUUGAUUGCUCUCUAACUCAGCCUUCGUAACUGAGCUAGUCUCGACUUGACAACCUUAAAUCAUGCACCCUGCCCCAAUCUGAUUAUCACCCUUUUCCCUCCUUGUAGUUUCAAAGCAACUGUAUAAUGUGUUCUAUGACGGGAUUAGGUUUUACAUUAUAAAUGUCUUAUGAGCCAUUAAUAGUCUUGGAAUAUAAAUGUUUACUCAUGCAAUUACUGUAUCUACAAAUAUUUGUUACAUGCACAUAUGUCUCGGUGUGUAGCUCUCACUAGUCAUGGUGUUAUAUGAACAAUUAUUAUUGUGUUUAUGUGUUGUCUAUACUACACUUGUACUUUUGGUGGCACUCUGAUUAAUCUAUGUGUUAGACACAUGUUUUGUUUGAUUAAUAACUAGUGAAUUUCUCAUAAUUACUUGUUAUCAUCAUUAUACGUGCUUGGGGUAACCUGGUGAGAACCAUAGGUACUUUUUUUGCAAUUGCCAUGCGGUUCACUAAGAUAAAGCUCACACUAUGCUGUCUGGAUUGCAUUUAAUCUGCACACCAGUCAAGCCAUAAGACUUGCUUUUCCCACAGAAAUCUCACUUUAACAGUACUCUCACUACUGCAAGGAUGAAGGGGUUUUCAUCCACAAGGUCUCUGACAUCCACCAGCUCUAUGAUGUCGUCAUGGAAGAGUGGAAGAGGACAAAGACGAAACGUUGCUGUUCUUUUUUGUUUCCUGAAACCUGCCUGUGGCUUUAAUGCCUUGAGUGCCUGGAUAAUUUAUUUCAUAGGCUUUCUUGUAGUCAAUCCAGGCCGUGCACAGAUUGGUCUGUGCACGGCCUGGAGAUGUGUGUAUAUAUUUGGUCCACCACACUAUAUACUACUUGCCAUGGUGCUCUUUCAUCCAAGUAACCUAAAUUUCCAAGAAGAAAGACACUUACUGGUAUUAUUAUUCAAAGAAAUAGGUCUAUUUCCCAAGAACAGGUCAAAUCACAUCGACCUCUAAUCACAUAUAGAUGAAACCAAGAGACUGCACUCACCUGAACAUGCAAUAGGACCUGCCAAGAAUGGGGUACAUUGUCGUUGUGGCAGGCUUAUGCAAGAUAUGAUCAUAUACUGUAACUAAACGCUUUCAUUUUUGACUAGGUGUUUUUAAAUAAAACUGUUACAUUCUGUGAGACUCGAAAUUGCUGUUUAGUGAAUGAGUGAGUGCACUAGAUUUUGUAUGAUUGAUUUUUUUAUAUAUAUAUAAUAUAUAUAAUAUAUUCUCUAUUGGAACACCCAGUGGUUACAAGAGUCACUGCGUAAUCCAUUGGUUACACUUAUUGGUUACUGUAAGGCACCUGCAAUGGAGACCCAUUUUACACUGGAAAGUCCAGAGAAUGUUUUUUUGCAAAAUGUAUUUUUUUUUCACAUUAUACUACAUUUGAAGGAUGAGUCAAUGAGUUUACUUUACAAUUAAAGAAGCACUAUAAGUUCAGGAACACAAACAUGUAUUCCUGACCCUAUAGGGUUAAAACCACCAUCUAGCUACCCUGGUCCCCCCAUGCCUCCCUAAAUAUAGUAAAUCUUACUUGUAUUCAAGUGUGCAGCUACAUGCUUUGUGCCUGUUUCCUUUAGACCUACCCACUGACAUCAUCAGAAGUGGUAGCCUGAUCCAGUUACAAUGCUUCCCCAUAGGAUUGGCUGAGCCUGACAGGCUGAUCGGGGGCAUAACUGGCACUAUUCAAACACAGCCCUGACCAGUCAGCAUCCCCUUAUAGAGAUGAAUUCAAUUAAUGAAUCUCUGUGAGGAAAGUUCAGUGUCUGCAUGCAGAUGGAGGAUAUACUGAAUGUUUGGAUGCAUUUUAGGCAGCCAUGACCCAGGAAGGAUCUCUAACAGUUAUCUGAGGAGUGGCCAGUGAAGUUAUCACUAGGCUGUAAUGUAAACACUGCAUUUACUAUGAAAAGACAGUGUUUACAGCAAAAAGCCUGAAGGUAAUGAUUCUACGCACCAGAACAAAUGCAAUAAGCUGUAGUUGUUCUGGUGACUAUAGUGUCCCUUUAAAGACGGAAUCUCCAAGGUGAUGUCAUGUAUGCUUGUUUUGUAGCUUUCAAAUUAGGACUCCAAUGGCACCACUGCAUUAGACUAUUCUGAAAUAGAUGUUCUUGAGUAUCAAGCACCAUAUUGAUCUGUAAAAACAGGAGGCAUUGUUGCUAGCUCAGUUAAAGCAUCCUUUCCUUUAAGUCAAGUAUAUCUCCAAUACCAGUCAUGUCUCUGACUGUUUUUCUUCAUGCUCACAGCUUCUCAAUGACCCAUGGAGCUUCAAUUAGUAUAGGAAACCAACCAUUCAGUCUCCUUGUUGAACAGGAUUCCAACACAACGAAUUGAUAAAAUUAGAAAUGCAACUAAUGAGUAAAACAUUAAUUAACCUCAUGACAAAUGAGAGGGUGUUCGUAAAACUACAGUCACCUGUUGGGCAAGAACAGCACAAUAAUAGGCCUCUAGUAACAUUCAAUCUAUACACUGUGCCAAACAGGCUGGUAGCAAUUACAGAGCAAUAAAAUAAUAGGAGUUUAACCCCUUAAGGACCAAACUUCUGGAAUAAAAGGGAAUCAUGACAUGUCACACAUGUCAUGUGUCCUUAAGGGGUUAAACCUAUACCCCAUUGGCACACAAAUAUAAAGUGCAGCUAUGCGAGCCAUUGGGAUAUGUAUUCUGGACCUGGGUCUCAAGCCUUUUUGAGAUUGGAAACCCUUACAUCAGGAUACCUUUUAAUGCUCUUAUUGACAGUUUUUUUAAGUAAUCGCUUUAUAGUGUAGAAUCUAGUUUGGAUUUAGCUAGAUAUUUAUAAAAAUUUAGUGUUUUGCACAUAAAAAUGAGUUAAAUGCAAAUAGUCUUUCAUGAGGCAGACACAUGAUGCAAAUAUAAUUUCUGUAGUGGAGUUUAAUCGGAAAAGUUAAAUCUACUUGCAUAGGUUUGUGCUUCCUCUUUAGGAUCAGUAGCUAUCUGUAGUGAAGGAUGUCUGCUUCCUCUAGGUCAAUGAUAGGUAAUCUUUGGCAGUCCAAAUGUGGUGGAUUCCAUCCCCCAUAAUGCUGGCAAAGCAUCGUGGGAGGUGUAGUUCAAAACAUCUGGAGUGCCGAAGGUUGCCUAUACCUGCUCUAGGGUACAUAGUUUGUGUGAUUUUGCUUUAUUGAUCCUAUAAGAAAUAAAAUAAUUUCACAUCGUUAAUAGGAAUUGGCAAAUUGUCUAGUCCCUGCCGAUAGGAUUAUUCACUAUAGUGUGAGUUUUUGAGAUUUCAAAUGUUAGGAAAAAUUCUCAAAAUCUGCAGUGUUUCAUUUUGACUUUUUGACCUAAUUUUUGAAUGUCACAUUUUAUUUUGGACAUUUCAGAUUUUAGUGAACUGUGAGUUCUUCUCGUGACCCUCUGAGUGGAAUUAACACAAUUAUGGUCAUACUAAAAACUUGGGAUUGUGAAAAAUUGACACACAGAUUUCAAAUUUUUGGUUACAAUUGUAUUGGCUAUUCUAGUUUAAAAUUUUGCAUUCUUAUACCACUUUUUGUACAGUUCUAUUUUAAUGAAUAGUCUUAAAAGCAAUGCAGCCCAGUGAAUAGGAAGUUGCCCCAGCAAAACUGCUGUGAUUUUGUUUUUUAACGUCGGAGACUUUCUUGUCGUGCAAGAAUUGCCGAACUGAGCUUUAUUUUUAAAUGUUGGGUAUUAGAGCGCUGUCAAACUUUGUCACUGUGGUUAACAAACUGAUGAUAGAGCUGUCUUGUUGUUUUACUUAGGCAUCGGUUGAUUUUUGUCUUCAGGUUAUUGAUGUUGUAGUACCAGCUGAACAAGCAAAUCCCUUCUGUGUAAACUGUGGAUCUUACCAGUCUGUUAUCGCAGACUCCUUCUCUCAGGCAGCAUGUGGGAGUAGAUUUCAAUUUACUGGGAACAAAAUAUUAUUUUGGCUGUCAACCUCAGGCAAAACGUUCUGUGGUAUGAGUCCAAACAUCCGUUUAUAAGCGUCUUCUAUUGCAACUGAAAUGGUUUCUGCUCAUUCUGUUCAAUUUAUCAGAUGUCUGCUCUAAUCACUGUAUAUGGGGCUCGGGGAGUCUACAAUCCUGUGUUGGUUUUAUAAGAAAUUAUAGGCUUAGUGUUUCACUGGCAACUUCUUGAUAAAACUUAGAAUAUUUUGUUUUUUUCCAACCUAGUAAGUAAGUAUAAUUCUCCCCCCACCCAGCCCGGAAUAUCAUAGCCACUAACUGAUUUUCUGCAGUCCUGAUAUAUUCAGAAUAAUUUACUAAAGUCUACAAUUUUAUGAGUCUCUGAAUUUUACCCCAAUUUUUUUCUUCCUAUAUUUACUAAACAAGAUGUGGGGGAAUAAAGUUAAAAUCUGCUAAUUUAGGAUUAAAUUUAUUAAAUGAGCACUCUAGGGUCAGGAACACAAACAUGUAUUCCUGAUCUUUAUAGGGUUAAAACCACCAUCUAGUCCCCUGUCCCACUCAUGCCUCCCUAAUUAUAGUAAAAUCUUACUUGUAUUCAAGCCUGAAGCUGCUGGUUUUGUCCCUGUUUCCUUUUAACCUGCCUGCUGACCUCAUUAGAAGUGGUAGGCUUAUCCAAUCACAAUGCUUCCCCAUAGGAUUGCCUGAGACUGACAAAAAGGCAGAUCCAGCACAAUUCAAACACAGCCCUGGCCAACCAGCAUCUCCUCAUAGAUAUGAAUUGAAUCAAUGAAUCUCUAUGAGGAAAGUUCAGUGUCUGCAUGCAGAGGGAGGAGAUACUGAAUGUUUGGAUGCAUUUUAGGCAGCCAUGACCCAGGAAGGAUCUCUAACAGCUAUAUGAGGCGUGGCCAGUGAAGUUAAUGAUUAUACUCAUAAGCUGUAGUUGUUCUGGUGACUAUAGUGUCCCUUUAACUUUGGAUCAGCUUUUCAAAUUAUUUCAUAUUCUAGAAAAUAUUGUAGUAUUUUAAUAUAUUUUUAAUAUAUUGAUAUUUUUAUGUAAGAUGAUAUAUUUUGGAAAAAUUAAUUUUAAAAGUUUAUUGAAAAUAUUAAAUUAUUUGAAAAGGUUAUCCAAAAUAUUAAAUUGAGGCCUUACUGUCUUAUUUACGUAUUAAAGUGGCCCAAACAUCUGUACAAAAGAGAAUUUCAUUAAAAACGAGGCACAAAAUUAGAGCUACUUAGUGGAUCCCCUUCUUCAUUUGAAGGAUAAAAAAAAAAUUGCUCUGAGUGUGGUGGACCUAAUAUUUGUCUAUUGAAAGGUAUCACUCUGACCUGAUAGUAACUUAUCUGAUCAUUCUCCCAUCCUGUACGGUGCAACUGGGGAUCCCUGGCAAUCUUAUGUGAUCUUGAUAUAGUCAAUUUAGUUUCAUUGUGAAUAAAAAUACUAUACUCAUUAUUUAAGCAUAAAAAAAAAUCUAAACGCAACAUAUGAGCCACAUUCAAUUGCUUUCAAUUUGUGUGUAUAUAUGCACAAUAUAUAUUUUGAGUUACUCCAAGCACCAUGACCCAUUUUUAGAGAUUUGAAGUGGUAAUUGUGCCAUUUUGUAUGUUACGCGGCACAUACAGCCAUUAACCAAUCCACCUACAGUAGUAUCAUGGUGAGUAGCCAGCUCUGAACAAAAGUUCUGGGCAGGGUAAUACCAACUCCGUGCAAAAUUGGAGUCUGACAGCCAAUUGCUACACCCACCAAUGCAGCCCCUGUCCUCCCCUCAGUCCACCCUCUGUCUGCCCUUCCUCUCCGGUGAGUGGCUGUGACAUCAGCCAAAGAGGACUGAGCGAGAACGGGCGAGAAUGAAUGGGAGAACUUGGCCAUGGCAAUGGGAAAGCGUUUAGUUUAACCCCUUAAAACCGGAGGGCGUACUAUUACGCCCUACUCUAAGCGGCUCUAAACGCUGCAGGACGUAAUAGUAUGCCCUCAAUUUUUUCUUACUUACCCGGUCGCCGGCGAUCCCACGCAGGCGAUAGUUGGGGAGUCUCACCUGGGAUCCCAGGGAGUCCCCCGCGGCGGAUCCUGCCUCCUCCGGCCCCCCAUGGCCAUGUGAGAGUGAGGUCCUUGCGAGGACCUCACAAUCACAUGGCCGGGUUAGCUGGCUGCUGCAUUGCCAGUAGGGGGACUGCCUGUAAUGACAGUUAGUCCCCCUGCUGGCUGGAAAUCAAAUAAAAUAAUGUUAAUCAGUGUAAAAAAAAAUAAAAAUUAUAUACUUAGAUCAUAUAUAUACAUACACACACACACACACACAUACACACACAUACACUGUCUAGGUGUAUUUUACUAUAAAAAAAAAUAUAUAUAUAUAUAUAUAUAUAUAUAUAUAUAUAUAUAUAUAUAUAUAUAUAUUUUAUCUCAAAUUACACGUAGACUGAUAUUGAUUAAAUAUAUAUAAUUAUUGUUAUAUAUAGUGUAUAAAAAAUAUUUAAAUACGUUAAAAAAUUAAAUGAAAAAAUAUAUAGAUGUGUUAUUUCGUUCUAACUGUAUUGUGAUAUUAAUAUAUAUAUCAAAAUACACGUAGAACGAAAUAAUAUAUAUAUGUAUAAAUAUAUACGUAUAUAUCACUGUAUGUGUGUGUGUGUGUGUGUAUAUAUAAUAUAUUAAUUCUACAUAUAUAUUUAUGUAAUAUUUUUUACAUAAUUAGGCAUUUUAAUUAAUUACAAUUAGCGUGACCUGCCUGACAACCCAUGCUGAAAGUAAAGGGAAUUUAAUUUGCUAGCACUAUAUUUAACCCUAUAACUUUCCAAGACACCAUAAAACCUGUACAUGGGGGGGUACUGUUUUACUCAGGAGACUUCGCUGAACACAAAUAUUAGUGUUUCAAAACCGUAAAAUGUAUUACAACGAUGAUAUCGCCAGUCAUAGUGAAGUUUUUUGCAUUUUUCACAGCACUUACACGGACGACAUUAUUGCUGUGAUACUUUUUACUGUUUUGAAACACAAAUAUUUGUGUUCAGCGAAGUCUCCCGAGUACAACAGUACCCCUCAUGUACAUGUUUUAUGGUGUUUUCAAAAGUUACAGCGUCAACUAUAAGGCUUGUGUUUCAUUUUUUUCACAUUAAAAUUCACCAGAUUGGUUACGUUGCCUUUGAGACCCUAUGGUAGCCCAAGAAUGAAAAUUACCCCUAUGAUGGCAUACCAUUUGCAAUAGUAGACAACCCAAGGUAUUGCAAAUGGGGUAUGUCCAGUCUUUUUUUUAGUAGCCACUUAGUCACAAACACUGGCCAAAAUUGGCGUUUUUUUUAAUUUUUCACAUACAAACAAAUAUUAACGCUAACUUUGGCCAGUGUUUGUGACCAAAUGGCUACUAAAAAAGACUGGACAUACCCCAUUUGCAAUACCUUGGGUUGUCUACUAUUGCAAAUGGUAUGCCAUCAUGGGGGUAAUUCUCAUUCCUGGGCUACUAUACAGUCUCAAAGGCAACGUAACCAAUCUGGCGAAUUUCAAUUUCAAAUGUAACGUGCUAUAUUUGAACCUGUAACUUCACAAAACACCAUAAAACCUAUACAUAGGGGAUACUGUUUUAAACGUCAGACUUUGCUGGAUACAAAUAUGUGUAUUUUAUUGCAGUAAAAGCAAACAGUAUUAUGACAUUGACAGUUAAAAUGUCAUGUAGAACUAAAAAAAUAACUAUCUUAUUUUCUCCCAUUUUUUUUUCAUAUUAAAUUAUGUUUCAUAGCUAAAUUUGAUAUUAAAUGAAAGCCCUGUUUCCCCUGAAUAAAAUGAUAUAUAAUAAGGGUGGGUGCAUUUACUAUGAAAGAGGUGAAUUACAGUUGAACAGACAUGUAGCGCAAAUGCCAGGUUUUGUUUACGUUUUGUUGUGUUCACAACGUGUACAUUUGGCUCCGUCCUUAACGGGUUAAGCCUCUUUUCAGUUAUUUAUUUUGCGUUGGGGGUGGGCAUACCACCAUGAAUGUGGUUACUCUAUCCAAAAUCUGUGUUUUUUGGUUAUAGUAACCCUUUAAAUAUUUGUUAGCAACAUUAGCUGUCCUUUGAAACGGAUAGUAGCUUACAGGAUAGGCAUUCACAUAAUUCAUUUUUUAAAAUAUACAAAAUUAUCUUGAAUCUGUUUCAAGGACUUAUUAUGCCGACAAUCAUAGCUGCUAUCUUUCUUGCUGUGAUGUUUUAAACCAAUGCUUUCACAUGAAUAUUAAGAUGAAUAAUGCCGUCAAUUCUAAUACACAUGUUUAGAGGAUUACUAUGGCAGUUUUUUGAAAGCGGAUAAAUAGAUUGAAAGCUAAUAUUUUGUUUCAAACCAUAUGUUUUAAAACACGCCAUUUCAAAACAAAUACUAAUGACUUUCCAAUAUAGUCAAUGUAUACAUAAAUUCUAAAACAGUAUAGCUCUACAGCCUGGGAAACUAAACGAGAUUAAUAAUUAUUACAUUUAUAUCAUUUGUAAAAUGUUUUAAAUUCUAGUAUAGAACAAUGGCAAAUAAUAUCAACCAAAAACAUGUGUCGUAAAAAACUCUGUUUUUGGUUAUGGUAACACUUGGUUUGCUGAAUCAUUAUUACUUUGUACAUUUUUAAAAUUCCAUUGGUUAAUCUUUUAUAUUUUUAGGUUGUUGAGACCCCCAUUUUUCAUGUAGAUGGCACACAGCAUUUUUUUUAAAUGUGUUUUUAAAAAAAAUAAAAUAUUUCAUUCUUUUAAAAUUCACCAGACAUUGUUUAGUGGGUCUGCUUGCAGCUACCGGCAGAGUUGUCCCUCGCUCAGAAGAUAUGUUCAAUCAAGAUUGUUUCAUUCUGGUUCAUGGGGUUUGCUCUUAACCACAUAAACUCCUAUCCAGCAUAUAAUUAUGGCAGCCAGAUUGACAUGUGAGGGGCAGACUUGGAGCGGCGAUGAUUUUUACAAAUUGCUGCAGUUCUAAGUAACUUUCAGGGUGUUUAUCGACAUGACCGGUAUCAAGGAUUCAUUCAUCAUAUUUAAAGGUAGAGUUCAGCCAGACCAAAUCCCUAAAAUUAAUAAAAUAAAAUUAGAAAAUUCUAUAAAUAACACUUUUCCUCUAAAUCAUGUUCUCCCUUUUAUUUUUCACUUUCACAGUAACGUCGCUCAUUACUAAAACAUCCCUAUGCUUUUGCUCACCUGUCCCUGGCAACACCAUCUUCAUUACUUCCACGUUACACCCCUCUCUAUUUAUCCCAUGCACUCUACAUAUACCUUUCCAGCCUAUCUCUUCUAACUCCUCCCAAAUCCUCUACAUACUAUCCUACAAAACUUUCAAAUCCUACUCCCACCUUCACUUCCUUUCUAUCCUUCUGCUCCUAGCAGCUGGCGCUGUCUCUCCAAACCCCGGUCCCAUUUCGGCAAACUCACCACGUACUAACUCAAGGAACCACACCAAUCUCAUACCCAUCUCAUGUUACUCUUCCUCUAAAUCCUCCUUCAAUACUGCCCUCUGGAAUGCACGCUCUAUUUGCAAUAUUACAAAAUCCACUGCUGUCCACGACCUCUUUAUCUCUCAUUCCCUAGAUUUACUAGCCUUAACAGAAACAUGGUUCUCCCCCUCUGACACUGUUACCCCUGCAUCUUUAUCCUUUGGUGGUUUUCAACUUAUCCACAUCCCAAGAUACUCUGAAUGUAAAGGUGGUGGUGUAGGGUUUCUCCUCUCGCCUCACUGCUCUUUCAAACCCCUACCCACCCACCCUUCCUUCUCUUUCCCAUCAUUCAAAAUUCAUUUGAUUCGCCUUUUCAAACCCUCCUCUGCUAACAUUGCCGUUAUUUAUCGCCCCUCUUGUUGCUCUCCCCUCUUUCUUGAUCACUUUGCUUCCUGGCUACCGUAUUUCCUUUCUUCUAAUAUUCCAUCCCUAAUUCUCGGGAACUUCAAUAUUCCCAUUAACCCACCUUUGACCUCAGCAGCCUCUAAACUACUUUCAAUUACUUCCUCCUUUGGGCUAUCGCAAUGGGCUAAUUCUCCCACCCAUGUAGCUGGCAAUACCCUCUACCUAAUUUUCUCUUAUGCAUGUACAGUAUCUAAUAUCUGCAACACUCCAUUUCCUCUCUCUGAUCACCACCUCUUAUUGUUUGCUCUCAAGUACCCCCCCAACUCAGGAGGAACCUUAAUUCUAUUGACCAAGAGCAGCUGAUAUUGAUUCACAACUGCUAUCCAUCCCUUCCCUCAUGUCCCUCACUGGCCAUCUCCACAUAUAACACUACGCUCACAUCUGCCUUUAACACUGCAGCCCUGCUCCAAACAUGCUCCUCGAGGAGGGCAUGCCCCCAACCGUGGUAUACUAAAUCAACACACUACCUGCAAAGAUGCUCUUGUUGUACUGAACGCUCCUGGAGGAAGUCUCGCACCCAGUCAGAUCUUCUCCAUUAUAAAUUCAUAUUGUGUUCAUACAGCACAGCCCUUGCCUUCGCCAAACAGUCAUACUUUUCCUUUCUCAUUAGGUCAUGCUCCCGUAAUCCCAGGUGUCUCUUUGACACCUUUAAUUCUCUUCUUUGCCCUGCUGUGGCCAUCCCUCAAACUAACCUUACAGCCAAUAGCUUUGCAUGCUACUUUACUGACAAAAUUGAACAGCUAAGGAAAGAAUUCUCGCUCCUGUGCCGUUCUCUUUCUCAAUCAUACAUAUAUCAUGCCUAUCCUACCCUUUAGAAUUUCUCCCCAGCUACUGAACAAGAGGUGGCUGUGCUUCUCAUUUCCGCUCGCCCCACCACUUGCCCGCUCAAUCAUAUCCCAUCUCACCUUAUCAGAUCUCCCCUUGCACCUUCCUUAACACACAUCUUCAACUGCUCUCUCUCUGCUGGCGUUGUCCCUGCUGACCUUAAACAUGCCACUGUAGUACCUACCCUGAAAAAAACAUCUCUUGACCCGUCCUCCCCCUCUAUUGUCCCAUAUCCCUGCUCCCUUUCUCCUCAAAGUUUCUGGAAAGACUUGUCUUUAGUCAUAUGUCUCACUUCCUCAAUUCCAACUCUCUCUUUGACCCUCUUCAAUUUGGCUUCCACCCUCUCCACUCUACUGAGACUGCUCUUAUCAAAGUUACAAACACCUAAUCGUAAGCUAAAUCCAAAGGCCACUACUCCAUACUAAUGCUUCUUGAACUCUCUGCUGCCUUUGACACUGUUGAUCAUGCUCUCCUUCUUCAAACCCUUCAAUCGCUCGGUCUCUGUGACUGUCGUUUUCAUGGUUUUCCUCUUCUCCCCCAACGCUCUUUCAGUGCCUGCUUCUCUAAUGAUACCUCCUUCACUUAUCCUGUCUCGGUUGGACUGCCCCAAGGCUCUGUCCUUGGACUCCUUCUAUUUUCUCUUUAUACUGGCUCUCUUGGCAAACUUAUUACCUCUUUUGGAAUCCACUACCACCUGUACGCUGAUGACACCCAGAUAUAUCUCUCCUCCCCGGACCUCUUCCCUGCCAUCCUGCAACGUGUCACUGCUUGACUUUCUUCCAUCUCUGACUGGAUGUCCUUCUGCUUUCUGAAACUCAAUCUCUAAAACUGAGCUCCUUGUCUUUCCUUCUCCUAAUACUGAUCCUCCUCUUUUGCUCUCCCUUUAAAUUAGUGGUAUCCACAUAAGUCCAUCCUUGCAAGCAAGCUGUCUUGGCGUCAUACUUGAUUCUGGCCUCACCUUUGAGCCUCACAUCCAGUAUGUUGCCAAAUCCUGUAGAUUCCAUCUUAAAAACAUAGCCCACAUCCGCCCCUUUCUUGUCCAUGCUCUGCUAAUUUCCCGCAUGGAUGAUUGUAACCCUCUCCUAAUUGGUCUUCCCAAAAGCCGUAUUGCCCCGCUACAGUCUGUAAUGAAUGCUGCCGCCAGACUGAUUUUCCUCUCUAGUCGGUCCUCUCACACCUCACCCCUCUGUCAGUCCUUACAUUGGAUUCCUGUAUCCUAUAUGAGUCCAAAAGUGCUAACCCAUACCUAUGAAGCACUGAACAAUUUUAGCCCCUCUUAUAUCUCUUCACAGAUCCAUACGUAUGCCCCUUCUCGGUCUCUCCACUCUGCCUGUGACCUUCUCCUGUCCGCUACUCGCACCCAUACGGCCAACUCAUGUUUGCAGGACUUCUCGCGGGCGGCUCCCUUCCUAUAGAAUAGCCUGCCUACCACCAUCAGAUUCUCCCCUAGUCCUCAAUUGUUUAAGAAGUGCCUUAAAACCCAUCUCUUUAGGAAAGCUUAUGGCCUCCCAGAGUAACCUCUACCUUACAUACCUGUCUAUUGCACUCUACUCUCUCCUCCAGCUCUGCUUCACUCCCACCUUAUUUGAUUACUAUUUCCUGUCCUAAUAUGUUUUAUACCACACCUCCUAUAGACUGUAAGCCCGUUUGAGCAGGGUCCUCUUUAACCCAUCGUUCCUGUAAGUUUUCUUUUAAUUGUCCUAUUUAUUGGAGUUCGAGGGGGUACAUGUCCACUAGUCUUUUGAUGUAGCUGUACGACAUUGCUGUCAAUGUAUUAUGCUGGCAAGCAGAAAGGCUCUUGAAUAGGUUUUGCAAUACAAUGCAGCAGUUUAAGUGCCUUUUAAUAUUGUACGGUAUCUGUAGACUGAUCUGUCUCUGUAAUACAUCUUGUCAUUCCGUGAAGCAGGUGUCACAGACACUCUAAUAUUCUGAACUAAUCACAGAUCACAUGUUCAGGUGUUAGAAUUUAGUCUGUGUUCCAUCGUACGCCCAACAUACCAACAGGCAUUCUCAAAUAUCCACCAACAAGCUGUUCUACUGUAGCGCCAUAUUUGGUUCACUGACUCUGUAAGCACCAGCUGGCAAAACAACAUGGUUUCUGUUCUUACACACAUAUUGGAUUUAAUUACCAGCAUGGAUUUGGGUUUAGCAGGCAUUUUCCUUCUCCUGCUUGAUUCUUUCCUGGACUGUAGCAAAUGAUCCAAGUGGCAUGUUGGCCUUGCCCAACCAAGCCAUUUUAGACUUAUUUUAUUUGCCCCCAACACACACAUUAAUGUAGUUAAUGAUCCAUCCUCUGACAUGCACUCAUUCACACACAUGCAUACAAAGCUAAUUAGUCACUCUCCCUCACACAUACAUUUCUAAUUAAUCAAACCCAUAGGUCCGGUCAGUCAUCGAUGGGGAGGAAGAAGGGAGGGUAAGAGGCCUUUCAGUCUGUCCUUAAUACCUAGCAGUAGAGCCAGGGAGCUAUGCAUCAAGCAACACAGUGCUCAUUUCUGCUUCCUCUCUAGGAACAUUUAAAUUUUAAGCAGAAAUAAGUCUUUUGCUAAAAAUUCUCUAUCGCUAGACAACAGUUGGAAGAGGUUGUGGAGGGUGCAGCAGAGAUGUAUUUACCACAAGGCAUUUGCCUAGGGCGGCACUUUCAGAGGGGACGCCAAAGAAACACCACCCCAAGCUCCCAGGCAAAUGCCUUGAUGGCCUUGUGUUCGGGGGCUGUCCACCUUACUGUGAGUGAGUGAGUGUAGCUGUCAGUGUGUGUCUUUCAGUGAGAAUGGGUGUGCCUGUGAGUGUGUGUCAGUGUGUGUAUGUCAUUUUAUGUGUAUCUGAGAGUGUGUGCCUGUCAGUGAGUGGGUGUGUAAGUGUGUGUCUGUCAGUGAAAGCGUGUGUUGGUUAAACAGUGUGUGGCAAUGACUGUUUAUCUGUCAGUGAGUGUAUAUCAGUGCAUGUAUCAAUGAGGACAUGUGUCUGUCAGUCAAAAAAGUGGCCUUGACACGAAUUGCGUGUGGCAAAUUUAGAUUUUGGGGGUGCCCGAAUUUAGUCGUGCCUAGGGCAGCACAAAUCCAAAAUACACUGAGGGAGUUGGGGACAUUACCAUUCGCUAACCAUAUAGACUCUGACAAUAUGCAACCACUGCUUUCUUUCCUCUGUACCUAUGGUGAAUAUGUGAAUUUUAAAAUUUAAGGAAUAAUAAAAUAAAAGUAAAGGAUUGCUAAAGGAGUGAAGUGCAUGUUUACCCCACUGCUCUUAACAUGGAAAUUUUUACAAUCAUAAUAAUGACUACAUCUAUUUAUCAAUUGCCGGUCUACACAUGUACCUGUGUGUGUAAUAUUGCCCCAGUACGGGGGAUCGCAUACCAAAUGUAGAACCAAUUUUGUUUUUCAUAUUGCGAAUUAACAUUCUUAGAAACGUACCCAUCUCAAGGUGUUGUUUAGUGUGUAAACUGCUUAAAAUGUAUGAAAUACUAUGUGAGAAAAAAACAUGCAACAUGUGUGAGUACCUCUUAGGUAAAAAGUGAAGUUCAAUAUUUAAGGAAAUGUAAGGCUUAGAAGUGGGGAUUGGAAAUGUAUGUACCUCCAUCUUUAUUGUAGUUUGUCAACUGACUUAACACUUCUUAUCUUGUAUAAGACUUUGAGGGUCUUGUUCUUCUGCCACAGUUUCAUAAAUGGUCACUUCCCCUUUACCAAUAACCCCCUUCUUCUGCCUCUAUAAGAAAUGUGUUAGUCCUGUUAAAAAUUUUUUUUUUAAAUUGCGAUUCUGUCUUCUGAAUGGUCAGUAUUGUAUAUAAAGGGCAGAUGUAGAUAGAAUGGGCUACACAUCUCUACCUUCACUUGGAAGGACUUGCUGUCGUACCUGUAUCUUCUGGGACUAGAAGUGGUCUGGGUGACUUUGGCAGUCCUUCAAACCAUAACCAGAAAAAAGUUGUAUAGAACUUUUUAGCACAGUGAUUUUUUUUCUAUAUUUUUUAUUUAUUGAUUGAUUGAUUAGAGAUCAGUGUGCUCUUGUAUGGAAUUUUGUAUGGUUCAGUAAAGUUUAUUUUGCUACACAUUCAUGCAUGAUACCAGGGGACAAAUGGACAUGUGUGAUUUCUCACGUUACUCUAAACCACCACACCUGGUCAAUGUUUUUACUAUUCUACGGCCAAUUCAUUACCUUGAGGUUCUCGCCGCAAUUGCACUACAAUUUUUGUUGUGUCCUUGGGGGGUGGGGUGGGGUGUGUGUGUGUGUGUGUGUGUGUACACACACACACACAUUAUUAUUUCUUGAGUUUUUCCAUGUAAGGUAACUUUAAAAUGAAUUUAGUAUUUUAAAAUCAAAGUGCUUGUUCAGCUGGUCCUGAUGGACAGCAAAGCCAGCUCUGCCAAGAUUAGGCUGCAUUUUCUGUGAUAAAGUUUAAGUUCCGUAUUAGGGAAACCAGAUGUUAUUCCCCAUCUCUCUGUGUUAUAUAAAAAAAAAACUUUUCAUGUAUUUCCAGUUUCGGUUUCUUGUUGUGAAAUCAAUUCUCUUGCAGAAAGUACAGUCUGCAGCAGUCUAGACAUUGACACAGGAAAUGUGUUUUGUUCCAACCUACACAAUGCAAACCUGUUUCUAAAAAUUCACUUUUAGAUGCGCAGUAAAUUCAAGGCAAAUCUUGUAAGGGAAUGAUGUGCAACAAUGUUAUUACAGGGGAAGGGAAGCAGCAACAACAACAACAAAAAUAUAUUAAUCUGUUUAGGAACUAAAAUACACAAUGAGAUAUAUAUAUAUCAGGCAUAUAUAUAUUGCAGUAAAAAAGAAACAAAGGCACUCUUCCUCUAAUUCUGUUGGCAAAGGUCACAACACGAGCUGAUGCAGUGUUAGAGGCUGGGAUGCAAUCUGACACACUCUUUUCUAAACUGGAAUAUUCAAAGUAUACUGCGUUUUUGUUAGAUAUCAUUUUGACACAGAUUUGGUUCUGUGUGAAACUUUGAAAACGCAUACCACUGGUGAGAACAUAUUUAACUGUAUCCAGAAGUUCAUGAACACACAUAGUAUAGAUUGGGACAAAUGUGUAGAUGUGUGCAGUGAUGGUGCCAAAGCAAUGAUUGGGAAAGUGGCAGGCGCUGUAACACGAAUAAGAAAUGUAGCAAAAAACAGCACCAAUUCUCACUGUGUUCUUCACAGACAUGCACUGGUAGCUCAAAAUAUUUCAAUCUCACUUAAAACUGUGCUAGACAAAUCGGUUCACAUUAUUCAUUUCAUAAAAAGUCGACCAUUGCAGUCACGACUAUUUAAAAUAAUAUGUGAAAAUAUGGGUAGUCACCGCUCUGCUUUUGCAUUCAGAAGUCCGUUGGCUAUCACAAGGUACAGUCCUUGUUAGAAUGUUUUGAAUUGCUUUGAGUAGUUUGCAUAUUUCCAGGAUCACAAAUUUGGAUUAUCUGAUCGAUUUUAACAAACACUCUGUUGUUAUCCAAAGUAGCAUAUCUUGCAGACAUAGUCACAAAAUUAAAUGACGUAUGUUUAUCACUCCAAGGAAAAAACACAAAUAUUUUUAUUGCAAGAGAUAAAAUAUUUUCACUGUCUCGUAAGAUGCAGUUUUAGACCUCAUCUGUUGAGCAAAAUAAUUUGAACUCUUUGCCAACACUUUUCUUGAAGAAUAAGAAAUUGGACUUGAGGAUGAAAUUCGCAACCAUUUAAUCACAUCUAUUAAUCAGUAUUUUUAAUUCUUGAAUGAAAACAAUGAGUGGGUUUGAAAUCCAUUUAUAAAAGACAAGCCAAUUUUUCUGAUGUAGAAUUUGAGUAUCUGAUUGACUUAACUUCUGACGGUCAACUAAGCCAAAAAUUUAAAGAAGUUUCUCUUAUUGCUUUUUGGGGUGAUUUACACAAAGAAUACCCAGAAUUGUCCAAGUGAGCAAUCAAAGUUCUGUUGCCAUACGCCAGCACAUACUGAUGUGAAACUGGAUUCUCGCCUCUGCAACAAAAAAAAGUAUCAAAAUCAACUUGAUGCAACUGCAGACAUGCGAAUACAAUUGUCAACAAUUAAACCAGAUAUAAAAAGAAUUUGCCAGCAAAAGAGAACAUUACACUCUGCUCACUGAAAGGUUUCCGCUGCGCUACUCUUCGGCACACAUUUUUUUGUUUGGGUUCCAAAGUGUUGCUAUACCAUGUCAAAGGGUUCCAAGGGAAAAUUAAUUGGGAAACCCUGACCUAGAGGUACGCUUAGUUUUGUAAUACAGUACUCCGCAAUAGUGAUACUGUGCAAUUUAAAACUCUGUUUUCUUAAGAGAUCUUUCCAAAUCUCUAAUUACAGUUUCAGAACUCUGGGUAUUCAAAAGCUUGUAAUAUCCAAGGUGCUUCCUCAUCUGCAUAGCAAAAAGUGCUAGGCUGCCCACGACUCCAUAGUGCCAUACAUUUUCAAAGUGCAUAUAUAAUACAAUCAUGUGUUUUUUUUGUUUGUUUUUUUAGCAACACAGAAGUAACGAAAUGGAGGUGCAACAAAUUCCAAUAGUGCUAAAGUCCAAUAGUUCAAAAGCCAAACAAGGAACUACAUUCAUCCAUUAAUAAAAACCUAGUUGCAACCAUUUAACCCUGCCAGUACCAUUUAACCCUGCCAUGUAAACAUUGCAGUUUCAACAAAACUGCAAUGUUUUACAUUGGCUUAAAAUGACAGGACCACUGAACCCAUAUCGCUUCAUUAAGAUGAAAUUGUGUGGGUGGCUUUAGUGGUUCUCAAACCAUAACCAGAAAGAAUGUGUAGAACUUUUUAGCACUGUGAUUUUUCUUUAACGUAUUUAUUUUUUUGGUCCAUAAUUUGAGGGUAACCACCCACAUCCCAAAUACUAAUUAAUAAAAUCUAUACCCUGAUCAUUUAGGUGGCUGUUGUGGUAUUCAUAUGUUGAGGUAAACAUGACUCAUUCAGAGUGUGGUGAGCCAGAGUCUUUAUUGAUGUGUCUCACUUGCGUGUUAACGAGCCAAGUGCAAACUUCCUGUAGCUUAGAUAACAUUAUGUGAACCUAAAUUUUAAUUUGGAGCAGAAUGAGUUUUUAUGGAGAAGUUGCUCACGUUGCUUUGAUGGUUUAUUUGUUUUUUAUUCUUUAUUUUUGCAGUGCAUUGCAUAUGCCAUACAUUGAACAGUGGUUUGUGGUAGAGAAAUAUGAUUGCAUAACUUAGUAUGGGUGGAAAACAUUGAGUAACUGUACUAAUUUUAUGCAUGCUAUGGAUGUGAGCCUAGGUCUUACUGUAAGGGAUAGAACUCUUCGUGUUUUGUAGAGGUGUAGUUCGCAUACUCGAUCCUAGUGCCAUGUUCCCGUGAUGCCGGAGGCUAAAUAGGAGGCAGCAUAUCACAGGUUUUGGCAUACGUGCGUUUGAGAAUUGAAGUGAGGAUGCAGUGAGUGCAUCAGAUCUCAGAGGUCCUUAGAGUGUUUGGAUGUAGCUUCUCCAUAGUGUAUCUAUGUGGCUGGUGAUUGUACUCUAUGCCAAGAGUGUAAAUACUCCUGACCAAGGGAGUUGUGGGGGGUAGGAGGAGUUUGCUUGUUGCCGUUCUAGGCUUUAGGUGGACUACCUGGUCCAGGUAUAAGUUUGUUUGUGUGUGUCUGCCAUGCUAUGACAUUUUUAGGUGGACUAUGCUGUACAUGUAGUCUCAUACAGUAAUAAGUAUUACAAAUUAAAAUGGGGAAAAGAAUAGCAGAGACACAACAUAUAAGCCAAAACAGCAGAAAAGUUGAGCAAGGACAUUUUGGCAGUCAUUAGACUUGCAAAGACGAUGCCUGGAUCUGAAAUAUGCUUUCACCUGUGGGUUCAAGUGCCUUGCGUCGAACCAGUCCCUAUAGGCUGUCCUGGCCCUCGGGACAAAUGGGGUGACGUGUUCCGGGUCCCAAUUGUCAGUAGUUGGUUUUGAGGGUGGAUUUACAGCAGUCAGAAUCACCAGUCCCAGUGUCUCCAGGAAGGUGGGUGCGUCCUUCUUCGAGGUGAGUGUGUGCUGCGUUCUGUUCUGGUGCACCACCAGGGAUCCGUUAGUCCCCAUUGGUUAGAGAGCUGAAAGUUCUACUCCAGAUGAGGAUGGCUUUGGUGAGGUCUUGAAAGAAAGUCAAGGCAGCACCCUCAAAGGCCAGCAGUGCUUUACCUUUAAGAGCAGACAUGAUCUGUAUCUUAUCAUGAACGGUUAGACAUCUGAGUAUCAUGUCACGAGCUACAUUUGAUGGUGCCCUUGCUGAUGUGGGUAGGAGAUAGAUCUCUUCUGUGGCUAGCUUCUUUGCUGUAGCCUGUGAUAAAAUUGUGGCCAGGAGGCGUCUAGUGUAGUGCAGUAGUUCGUCCGGUAAGAUUUUUGCAGGGAUGCCCUGUAUUUUUAUAUAAGAGCGCCUUUGCCGUUCCUCCAUGGCUGUCAUCUAUGCAGUCAUGGUUCUCUGUUGUGUCCAUACUUGCUGCACCGAGUCUUGAAGCUCGGACAGGUGAGACUGUAGGCCCAUGAUAUCUUUUUUGGAUGCAUGCCCCCUAUCUGUAAUUGCUUUUAUGUCUUUCUUGAUGGGAGCGAAUUCUGCCGCCAAGGUUUUGUGGAAGUCAGUCAGCAGUAUUUUCAGAUCAUACCUGGUGGUUGGAGUCAUGUCGGCUGAGUUGUCCAGCUGUGUUGGGCUCUCUAAUUGAGUGUCCAUCGAGGUCUCUGGCUCCGAUUGCUCUGGGUGGUAAGUGUGGGCUGCAGGGCGCGGGGAUUCAGCAGGAGCGGUUUUGGCUGCGUGGGCCGUUGUAGCAUGGCCCCAAUGUCCCUGUUGUCUGCCGCGGGUUGUGGUCGCUGUGAGUGGCGUCCCAUGGCUGGCAUGUGGGCAGGCAGGACUGUCGUGGUUGGGGAAGCUGUUUAAGUUUGCCUCAAGGCCUGUAAGUGUCAGUAUGCGGUAGGCCCCGGUUUUCUGCCUCAGGGUGAGUUAAUGAGUCUUGCUGUCCACUUUUUGUAGCUGGAUGGGCUUGGGAUAAUUUGAUAUUCCUUGAAUAUUGGCUUUUGUAGAGGAGCAUACAUGAAUGGCGUCCGUUCAGGUUGAUGGUCAAGGUCCGUCCCCUUUGUUAUUUUUAUUUUUUAUUUUUUUUACACUACCAGUAUUUGAAAUGUUAGAGGAAUAUUAAUUGGAACUACAUCUAGAUGCAAUUAUCAGAAGUUGCUUGCUUGUGUUCUCUUCUCACAAAUAAUGAGGGGGAAAACUCAUACUUUCAGUUUGACUUCUGAUCUGUCUUUUUCAAUAAUGUAUUUGAAAUGGAAACUUAAGGUCUUUAAUAAGCAAGCAUCUUCCUGUAGAUCUGUAGUUAGUUUUUUUUCUUUGUAUGUUUUGGUGAGUUGUUAAUGAUUGUCUCACUAUUUGCUAUUCAUAUCCAGCAGAUAAUUGUUUUUUAUAAGGCAAUAAAAACACAACUUCAAAUUGGUUUACCUGCAGCAAAAUUAAUUUACUAUAUUAUUUUAUGCUAUUAAAUAGCUAUUUUGACAAAAAUCUAAUGCCUCUACAAUUGCCAGACAUUUCAUUGCUCAGGCAUGCUCGUUUGGAGUAUAACGGAAAGGGCAUGCAGGCAGUAAAUUAUAUACCAUAUUUACUCGAAUCUAAUGCACACCAUAUUUUUGAAAAUAAAGUAUAACUGCGCAUUACAUUCGCCAGCAAAAAUAUUUUUCAGCUUCCAAGUUUAAAAAAUUGAGGUGCACAUUAGAUUCGAUGGCGCAUUCGAUUCGAGUAAAUAUGGUAUUUCCUUUUUUUAUUUGUAAACACCAGUGAGAUAUUUUAGGUGUAAUGAUAAUGGUUACCGUAAAUAUUACAGAAAGUGAGAUAGAUAUAGAUAGAUAGCACUGCAAACUGUUUAACUUUUAUACAGGCAAUUAAAUGGUCAUUAAAACUACCUUGCCAAAGUGUAGAAAAUUAAAGGAAGGCGCAGCAUUGAACUUUCCUUUUUUGCCUUAAUCUUCAAAUUUGGUGUUUAGUAAUUGGACUCUUAGGCGUUGUUACAAAUAAUUUUUACAUUUGUCAAGCAGUAUAUGUAUAAUAUAUGUGUAUAUAAAACUUAGGAAGUAAUCCUGUGUGUUUCUUCAUAUGUUUGUUUGUCUACUAAUGAUAUCUGACUGGUGUGUUGUGUUUGAUUGCAUUGUUUAUUUUUAUUUUCCCCCUCAGUAUAUGGAGGUGAUUUCGAUGACUUCGAUUUGGAAGAUGCUUUGGAUAUGGCAACAGAGAAACGUAAGUUUGUUUGGGAACUUUUGGGACUUUAUUUUUUUUUUUUUUUUAAAGCUAAUUUUUACUUGUUGCUCUCAUUGAUACAAAAUCAAAUUAUAAAAUUGUUACUCACUAACUGUGCCCUGAAAUGGCAAAUGUUGCCAAAGGAUUUUAAUAAUUAGUACAGCACACCCCUAACAAUGGCUGGUCUGAAACCUGGGUCGGAGGGCUGGGUGGGCUGCCAUGGGAUUAAGAUAAAUCACUGAAUGUGCACAGGUCUGUCUGAUAAAGGGGCAGACAGCGCAUGUUGUAAACGCUGAUAACCCUGAGUUUACACUGUUACUCUAAUGCCAGUUAGUACUUCUAAUGAAACUGUGUACAAAGUUGGAAUUCCAAAACAGACACCCAAAUUCUGACAACACAGUCAAACUAAGGACAGUUGGUAUGCAUGAUACCAUAACACAUACAUGAAUAUGACGAUCAGUAACUGUGUUUGACAUGUAGUAGAACAAUUUGAUUAUAUUGACCUGAGAAUAUAGCAGAGUUUUUAAACAGGAAUUUUAUUGUCUUGAAUUCAUCCCAGAGCCUCACCGGUGUCUUAUCCACUCAUCUCCUCUCCUACCCCAUGGGAAACUAAGAAAAGUUCCCAUUGGGGACUCUAAGCCCCAGAAUUGGUUGUACUGUUUGGGUUAAUGUGAAAGGUCUACGGGAACCAUAUCUGGUGGAAAUUGUGGGAGAGAUCUCAUGAAUAUCAGCGCCAAUACAACAGUCCAUAUCAUUAAUAAAAUGUACUUCCUGAAGUGAAAGAAAAACCUUCAGAUAACCUCUUCCAAUCCUGGGGGAAACAAAGCUUAUAGUAGCCAGGCAUAUUAAGUAUGUGUUGCUAAUUUAUCAUCAAGAGGGACCCUGGGUGUAUAAUAACCUCUAGAGGACAUUUAAGAUGUGUGUAGGGUGGUUAUACAGUUUAAGAAAUAGGCUUUUGUAAAAUAGAAUGCUGACUGGUUUACUCAGGAAAGUUGGAAUUGUUGAGAACAUAGUUUAGACACUAUACUAAGUACCCUCCUCCUCAACCCUGGAAACAUUGGCCUGCUGAGUAAAUCACAAAUAGCCUUGUGACAUCCAUGGUUUUCCUAGGGAAAGUUACACCAGUUAGUAAAUUGCAUUUUUAGUAUAGUUUUGUUGCAACACACACACACACAAAUCUGUCUAGUGAAUCAGGCUGAAGAUGUAUGAACUGUGUUCUAAAAAGCGAUUUUUCACAUUCUCAGUGUGUCCAUUUUGUUACAUCAAAAAGAAUGUGCAGACGUGUGCAAACAUUUACACAGGCAAACCAAAGUUUGAUAUGUUGUGAUGGGAUUCCAGCAUGGUCAAAAUUUAGUAGGCCAAAAUCUCCAUGUGGCAUAUGUGUAUGUUGUGUCAGUUGGUUAGCUACAUGUAGCUAGGAUACUGUCAUCAGUGUACUGAGCAUGUGCAGGAAUGCAGGAACUGAAAUUGCACUUAUUUCCUUUGUCUUGGAUGAGCCAUGUGGUUUGACUAGAUGUACAAGUCUAUAUUCUGCUCAUUGAUUGGUUAAAGGUGUAUGUGGGUGUAGCUAUUAAUGGGAGGAGUUAUAGUGCUAUAUAAGGAAUGUACACUAUGUGUUGGUCUCUCAGAUCAUUUGGAACAGGAGUUCAUCUGAGACCCGAUCGGUAAUGUGAAUAAAGGCCUGUUACUUCCUGAAGACCUGUGUCCAAUAUUUCUGUGUUUGGCUUCUGCAUGCUUACACUGCAACAAUGUUAAUAGGGACUAUCUGGACAUCAACAAUACUUUAAUGCAUUUGAUAGUUAUUGGCUUUAUAAAUAUGCUGGGGGGUUUUUUUUUUUUUGGUUUUGUUUCUGUUUUUUUGCAUACUCAAAUUUAUUUAUUUUUCUUCAUAAAAUAAAUGUUUUGCAGAAUGCUACACCAUAAGCCUGCCUUUUUAACCACACCCCCUCACUCACACAAAGCUCACCCACUGACAGCACGAAGUGAUCUGAACAUCAAAACAUCCUGCAUUAGGAGAGGACACCCUCAGAAGCAUUUAGUAAGAAUAUCACUUUCUGUUUGCGAUGUCUCUGACUGUCAGCAGCAAAGUUAUGAAUUCAAAACAGCUCACUCAAUGCUGUAAGGGCUGAGAUUGUGCGCAUAGAUUUGAUAGGGGAGUCUUUCUGGCAUUAGUGGGCGUGGCUAAAGAGACAAACUUAUGUUUCAACAUUCUGCAAAUAAUUUAUUUAUUUUGUGUAAAACUAUAAAGAUUUGAGCAUGCAAAAAUGCAGCAUAUUAAUGAGACCAAAAUCUGUAAAAUGCAUUAAAGGAGUAUUGAUGCCCAGAGUGCUCCUUUUAAGGUUACAAAAUCUUUUUAAACCAGGAGGAUUAUUUAACAAACUCGUUGGAAGUAAAUUGGUUCAAUUUAUAGUUAUGCACUAGUCUAUAACACAUUAGCCUGCGGGAUUCUUUUGACCAGCAAGCACCUGUUGCUCUCUUGACACUGUACAUUGUGCGGUUAUUCCAGCCUCUCUAAUCUAUACCUUGGAAUAUCUGAAAGGCUUCUGACUGUUCUAAGAAACUCUUCAGAAAUCCUGUUAAAAAGUUGAACAUGAAAAAAACCCUCUUUAAAUAGAAUUCUAUUCUGAGAUCACUGUAUUAACCUAUUCUCUGUAUGAGUGCUACUUAUCAAAACCCUUAACCUUGAAAAGUGAGCCAAGAAAAGGAAUCUGCUGCAUUUAUUUAACCCCUCGAUGCCCAGUGACAUAACAUGAUGAUAUGAUCUAAACGGGUUUAUGUAACUUGUGAUUAUUGAAGGGUUACACAUUUUUUUUUAAAUGUGUAACCAGACAACAGAUGUCCAGCUGUAAAUAACGCGGUUCUGUUUUUUGCUUUCUUUAUUCCCCCCUGUAUAUUGUCCUGCAAUAGAGAGAUCCUAUAUUUACUAUUGUACAUGGUUGUUAUUGUUCAUUAAGAAUACCUGUCAGAUUUCUGAUUACAUCACAAUUUAUAUCAUUUUUAUUUUAUUUUUUUUACAGCCAGACCACCCAAAAUUCCAGCACAUAAACCAGGUAAGACCGUUCAUUAGUUAUCAUUUAUUUAUUCAAAUGUAAAAAAUUUUUUUUUGCAAAUAGUAAUUUUAAUUUAGUCUUCGUACGGUACUUCAUAUACAUCGGCUAGUAAAGGUAUCUUAUAAGCAUCACGCGUAACACAUGCAUAGGUUCAACUGACCAUUGUUGUUUCAGUAAGCUAUAUAAACCAAUACAUGUACCAAGUACAAUGAUUUUUUUUAUUGAUUUUUUUUUGGUACGGAGCAUAUUUAAACAGGGGUCAAAAGGGGGAGGUGGAAGAACAUGGGGGUUUAAACUGUGUAACUAACACAAAGUUAAAAUUUUAGGCAUAUGCUGAAUCUGUGCACAUGCAAUAAUCGAUGUUGGUACUGUAUCAUUUAACCAGGUACAUACAAUGCAGUUUGGUGUGCCUUGGUAUGGCUGUCAGACUUCAACUCACUUUUAAUGAAGUAGUUCAGUUCUGACUUUGGAUGAACUUGGCCCAGGUAUCCCAGGCUAUUUCCCAGUAGUGUCUGUAGUGCGGAUGCUUCCUUUUUAGCGUCUUACGGUUGUUUCAUUUAAGUGUGUUUGGUUAAUUUGGUGUAAGCACAUUUGUAUUGUGGGGAAGACCAGUUUUGUGCCAUGAUGGAAAGUGCUGCUAUAAUUAUGUGGAAAAUGAGAUAACGACCUGGUUUUGAGAUUGAGGUUGGUAAGUUAAAUAGAAUGUAGUGUUCCAGUAGGUGGGGUAGAAGUACUCCAGUACUGUUAUGAAUGAAUUUGGUUAUGUUCUUCCAAAAUUUGGGCAGACGUGUGCAUUCCCACCAUAUGUGUAACAUGUUCCCAAUUCCAGACCCGCACCGCCAGCAUUGGUUGGAUAUAGUUGGGCUAAUCCGAUCUAAGCAUGCUGGUGUGAGAUACCACCUAUAGAUACGUUUUUUUUUUUUUUUUUUUCAGACUAAUUCUGUAUGUUUGGAGCAGCGAGUCAGGGUUUAUUCCCAUUCUGCUUCUGUGAAGAAUUUGUUUAAUUCUUUUUCCCAUGCUUUGAUAAAGCUGAAAUCUUUCAUGUUGAAUUUGUUAGGUAUUGCGAUAUAUAUGGAUGAAAUACGUUUUUUUCGAGGGUUUGGUACCCACCUAAAUGCUUUUGAAGUCAGUCAGCCUAUGCCCAUGUACAGAGAUCGCAUUAGUUAGGUUUUAUAUAGUAAUCCAUGAACACAUUUGGCGGUAGUAGUGUGCUGUUGUAGGUAGUGUAUAAGUGCGUUUUAGUUCGUGAUAUGUUGUCAUGGCAUGGCUUGUAAAUAGUUGGUAUAAGAAAUAAAUACCAUGUCUUUCCCAUAUCCUGUAAUUGAAAUCUGGAAUCAAGUGUAUUAGGGAUUUAAUCGGCAAUGAUAUAGGGGUAUAUGUAGAAAUAUUUUUUGAUUUGUGUCCCGUACUGACAGUGUCAGGCUGGUUGUUGGAAGGCAGUCGGGGUUUGUGGUCUUUUGUUCGCUGGAAUCCAUGUCAUGGUAUCUAUGGUCAUUUAAUUUGUCCAGCUGGACUUUAUAUGUUUCCAUUGGGGGUCAUGUGGGUGCGCUCUUGCAUAUAGAACGCUACUCAAUAUGGCUGCGUGGUAGUACCUUUUAAAAUUAGGUAGGCUCAUGCCUCCUUCAGUGAGAGGUCUGUGCGUGAUUUCCAGUGCUAUACGUGCUCUCUUACCAUUACACACGAAGUUAUAGACCCAACGCUGUAAAGUGCUAAAGUAUGUAUGUAGUAUUCAUAUGGAUAGGGAUCAGAAAUAAGUAUUGUAUCUUAGGGAGUACUAUCAUUUUAAUUGCGCCCUGUCCAGGAUAUAAACAGAGGUUUCCAUUCUUGUAGUUGUUGUUUUACUUCCAUCAAUAGUCUUUAGUAAUUAAAAUUAGCCUGGUACAAGUUUGUUAGUGAUUUUGUAAAGACAAUGCCUAGGAAGAUAAUAUGGUCAUUUCUCCAGUCAUAUGUGUAGACAUUUUCAGUCUUUGCAGUGUAUCUGCAGGGAUUCCCUUGAGUAAAGCCUGUUUCUUAGCGACAUUCAGUUUGUAAUAUGAAAAUUUGCUGUACGUCUCCAGUAUGCCCUGACACAUGAUUGGAUGCAAGCCGGGUGUUAAAUAUAACGAAAUGUAAAGUGACUUCCUAUAAAUAAGCAAGAUGUGUAUAUCUAUGACUUUAUAUAAAAUCCAUCACUUCAGGUUAGGAGGACGUCUAGCUGCAUCAUGAUGGUAAAAACGCUAUCCUAACAGUAACGCUCUUUUAUCAAGAUAAUUUCUCUUUAAAUUGGAGCUGUGUCACCCACAGCUGAAUUAAUAUUCCCCAGCAUUCCGCAAGCAAUGAGCAGAGUCAGCACAUUAGCAGCAUAGUGCGACGAGCAGAGACUGCAGCUUUUAGUGGAUGCUGGCAAUCUCUUUGUAGUUCAUACAUUUCGGGCGGUCUUUAUUUCCUCACAUUGGUAUUUCAUGUCCUCUGCUAAAAGGUAGUGGGUGUUUUCCAGCAAUUCUUAGUAUAGAAUGUCAUAAUCUGGGUCACUAACUAAGUGAAUGUUUGUAGAAUAUCCUGAAGGAAAUUGUACAUUUUAGCCAAACAUGAAUAUUUCUGCAGUUGGACUAUUUUAUCUUAAAAAUUGUCAAUUCUAUACAGUUCCCACUUUAGUACAUAGCUCUGAUGUGAUUGCCUCUUUAAAAUCAUAAACCAUGAACUGUAAUGAGCUGGAAAUCAAAUUGCAAAACUAAAUUAUACCUGGCUAGUUUGGCCCAAAUUAUUUAUUUUCCCCACCUCAAUUUACUGUUUAGGGAAUACACAUUUUUGUGAUUUUAUGUGUUGGGAGAAAAGCUAUCUUAAAUGGACACUGUAGUCACCAGAACAAAUUCAGCUUAUUGUGUUUGUUCUGGUGAGUAUAAUUAAUCCAUUCUGGCUUUUGCAGUAAACACUGUUUUUUUUUUUCUUAAAGGACCACUCUAGGCACCCAGACCACUUCAGCUUAAUGAAGUGGUCUGGGUGCCAGGUCCAGCUAGGGUUAACCCAUUUUUUCAUAAACAUAGCAGUUUCAGAGAAACUGCUAUGUUUAUGAAUGGGUUAAGCCUUCCCCUAUUUCCUCUAGUGGCUGUCUCAUUGACAGCCACUAGAGGCGCUUGCGUGCUUCUCACUGUGAUUUUCACAGUGAGAGCACGCCAGCGUCCAUAGGAAAGCAUUAUGAAUGCUUUCCUAUGCGACCGGCUGAAUGCGCGCGCAGCUCUUGCCGCGCGUGCGCAUUCAGCCCAGAAGGAGGAACGGAGGAGGAUCGGAGGAGGAGAGCUCCCCGCCCAGCGCUGGAAAAAGGUAAGUUUUCCCCUUUCCAGAGCCGGGCGGGAGGGGGUCCCUGAGGGUGGGGGCACCCUCAGGGCACUAUAGUGCCAGGAAAACGAGUAUGUUUUCCUGGCACUAUAGUGGUCCUUUAAGAGAAAAGACAUUGUUGACAUUACAGCUUAGUGAUACCUCCACUGGCCACUCCUCUGAUGGCUACUAGAAGUGCUGCCUGUGGCAGUGUUGCACAGUGUGACUGCCAUUGAGUCGAUGCAUUUCAAUGAGGAAAUUGUUUGGCCAAGGCUGUGAGUGGCUUGUGCUGGCUCUGGCUCUGAUCUGGCUUCUUGACAGUCUCAGCCAAUCCAAAGCAUUCCUACGGCAAAGCACUGUGAUUAUGUCAGUCGGGCAGGCAAAUCAAGGGCAGAGCCAGCAGCAGGAAACUGGAAUAAAGUUAAGAUUUUACUAUAUUUAGCAGGCUUUUAGCACUAUAGGGUUAGCAAUACAUGUUUGUGUUCCUGACCAUAUAGUGUUCCUUUUAAACAUUAUGUGUGUCAAAGCCUGUUCAAGACCUCGGGUAAAAAACCCUACCACUCAUUAAAGAGUAACCAUAGUUUUGAUUUUUUUUCUUGGAAAUUUCAAUUUGAUAUUUUUUUCUUGUAUUGUCAUCUUUCUAUGCUCUGGACAUCUGCUGAGAUAAGCUGUAUGAGUAAAUGCACGCUCAGAUAUUUCUUCCGAAGUGAUGUAGGCGUGCAACUUCCCUCAAAGCGCCUGCACGCAGCACAGUAGGUAGAGGGGCAUUACAUUAAAUUGCUAGGACAGCCAGAUAUACAAAUAAAUUAAAAUUAAAAAUCUGUUAGGAACUAUUUUUUGCUAGAUUUUCAUUAUGAUUAGAUUUUGCAAAAAUCUUGCAUAACCUAAAUAAUCAACCUUAUCAGAACUGCAGUGUAUAGAAUCAAAUGAAUGUAUUAAUGCUUAAUACAAACAGGGCUGAAAAAAAUAAAUAAAACUGUAAUGCAAGAACUGUGCCUGCUGUCUGUUUUUUUUUUUGUUUUUUUUUUACAAUGUAAUCUACUAUUUAACGUUUAUUGUACUUUACAUUUAAAUUGUAUGCAUGCAUCAUAUUAAACCAUUAGUGUAAUUUAUUUUGACAUAAAAUAACAGACUUACUUAUAGAGAGUCUUACGUGCAGACAUCAACAUGUUGCGAACUAGCUGACACCUGUCACAGUCACAAUCUGCUAAUGGCAGGUUAUCAAUGUCAGCCAUGGCAACUAUACAGUUCAGAAAAAAAAGAAUGAGCAGGGUUUAAAUGACGCAACAAUGGACCUAGUUCUGAUAAUAUAUGCUUCAUACAAGAGUGGUCAACAGGGAUGGACUGACAGUGACCUGGGCCCCUGGGCAAAAUUAGGACCUGGGCCCCUGGCAGAACCAUAUAUGCUGGUAUAUAAGAUGGUGUAUGUACCGUGUAUUUGACUAUAUGUGCAUGUAUGUUUGUGUAUGUAUAUUCACUGUGAUCCCUGGUUUAAGUGAAUGUAUGUAUGUUUUUGUGUGCAGUGUCACGAUGUGUGGAUUCAGAGUAAUAUAAAUACAUGUUUUUUUCUUUGUUUUUUUACAGUGUGUAUGUGACUCAUGGCAAUGUGUUUAUAUGAGGUAUGCAAGCAUCCUAAUUUUGGAUCUUGAAAAACUAACCAUGUGCUAAAAGUUACGAGCCACCUUAAAGGGACAUUAUAGUGUCCACUAUAGUCACCAGAACGACUAUGUAGUUGUUCUGGUAUGUAUAGCCAGUCCCUACAGGCAUUGUAAUGCAAACGCUGCCUUUUUAGGAAAAAGGCAGUGUUUACAUUGCUGCAUAGGGACACCUUCAGUGGCAGUCACUCACACAGUGAUAGACAAUGUGCAGCACUGACAUUUAGUGUCUCUAUGCUCUGCAUGGAGGCACUGAACUUUCCCCAGAGAGAUGCAUUGAUUCAAUACAUCUCUAUGAGGAGAUGCUUAUUGGCACAGAGCAGCGUUUUGCCAUCUGUGUCAAUUAGCUUCCAAUGGGGAGAGCAUUGGAAUGGCUGAGAUCAUCAAUUCUGAUCUCCGUUAAGGAGCCAGCGCAAGCGGAUACGUGUGGCGCUAAAAUAAAGGUAAAUGUAUUACCUUUUUAAGAGGAGCAAGGGGAUGCGGUAAUCUAAAUGGUGUUUCUAACACUAUAGGGUUAGGAAUACACAUUUGUAUUCCGGAACCUAUAGUGUUCCUUUAAAUGCAUUUUUUUUCUUGUUUUGGAAUUAAUUCUAGUAUGUCCAUGACAUCAGUGUGUGUGCAGGGAUGUAUUUGUAUUGAGGGUCUGUAUGUGUGUAAAUGCAAGGCCAUAUUUGGGUGUAGUUUGUGUGUGAACUCAGGUUUGCAUGUGUGGAACAUCUGUGUGUGUGAACACAGGGGCAUGUAGUUGUUAUAAGUGCUGUAGUGUGAAAUUACUGGGGGCAGGGGGUAAUAUAAGCUAUUGAGGGUGCAGGGGAGGAAUAGAGGCUGAAGUGGGUAACAGGGGUUUUAGAAUUGUGGUUGUAGUGGGUGAUAGGGGCUGUAGCAUGUGUAAGGGGUAAUAGGGGUUGUAGUAGGUAAUAGGGGCUGUGGCAUGUGUAAGGGGUAAUAGGAGUUGUAGUAGGUAAUAGGGGCUGUGGCAUGUGUAAAGGGUAAUAGGAGUUGAGGGUCGUAGGGGGUGAUAGGGGUUGUAGGAUGUAGGGGGUGAUGGGGCUGUAGUGGGUAAUAUGGGUUGUAGGAGGUAAUAGGGAUUGUAGUAUGUGUAGGAGGUAAUAGGGAUUGUAGUAUGUGUAGGAGGUAAUAGGGACUGUAGUAUGUGUAGGGGUGAUAGGGGUUGUAGUAUGUGUAGGGGCUGUAGGAUGUGUAGGAUGUCAUAUGGGUUGUAGGAUGUGUAGGGGGUCAUAGGGGCUGUAGUAUGUGUAGGGCUAAUAAUAGUUACAACAAAGUAUUUAGCCAGGAAAGGUACAUUCAGAUUACUCUGGUUUUCAAGUACGCCCUGGGGAUGUUACCUUAGCCCAACAUCCAGGGGAUGUUACUAUUUCCCAAUUUAAUGGUACUCAUUUUAUCUACCUCUGAAUGAACCCUGCUGGGAUUUGAACCUGCGACCCCAGAGUUUAACAGAUUCUACUGAUGAUGCAUUAGCUCAGCGGGCCUAAUAAGGGCUGUGGGGGUGGGGGGGAAUAGGGGUUGUAGUGUGUGUUGGGGCUUGGUGGAUAAAGGGGAAUGGAUGGAUAGGAGCUGUUUGGGCAGCUUAUACACCCAAAAACAUUUUUAAUAAAAAGAAAAAAGUUGGGUCCAGACAGUCCAGUCUCCUCCUCGGCAUGCAAGUGUUCUGAAGAGCUUCCUCCUGGUCGGCCAUGGGAUUGCGGGACAUGCUUCCUGUAACACUGAUAGAGUAGUUCUGCACAGGCUGCCCUGAUCAGUUACAGGCAGCCUGCAUGCUGUGCUCAUCUCAGAGCAGAGGCUCUGCUCCUGGAGCCUCUGACGAUAUUUUUUUUCCAGGCAAAAGCCGCAGACUGCACAAGACCGGCACAUUGAGAGGCAGCCUAGUGGAUCUUUGAUAAGGCCCCUUGGCUGUCUUUUAGUGUGCUACAAAGCUCUCUGCUGACAAUAACUAUAAAACGGCCGACCAAGGGGGGAACUUCUGUAACAGCAGGGUCCCACAGAAGGUCGUACUGGCCCCUUACUGAGUGCAGGAUGGCUGGGGAGCUUGUUCAACUCCCCAGCUGCCAUUACAUUAUGCACCACAGACGGCCCCUCAGUCCAUGGCAGAUAGGCCCGAUUGCUCAGUCUGCCCCUGGUGGUCAACAAUCCUCCGCCAAAGAGAUGGAAAAGGACUAACGCAUAGAGGUGUGUUUACUAAAGCCUGAAUUGUUAAGUUAAAAAAUAAAUUGCUGAAUUUCUCAAAAUCUGCCAUUUGUUUUGCUAAAUUUAGCAGUUUGAAUUUCCAUCCUCUAACGUUUUGGUGUUUAGUGAAUACAGUCAGUGUUUUAUAUUAAAUAAAUAAAAAAGAGCAUAUGUCAAUGUGAUGUCAUCACGUAGAUUUGCCCCUGACUUUCAUCCGCUGUAGGGAAAUUACAUCCAAACCUAUCCGUGUCUUUGCAGGUGAUGACUUUGAUUUGUCAGAUUUUUUUGAUACUCCAAGCAAGCCAACGGCAAAGCCCCCCAGGCCACCUCCAAAGAAACCAGGUUAGGUACUAUUACAGCGUGUUCCAUUAUAUGCAGUGUCUCAGAAUACUACACAUUUAUAAUAUGUGAUCACUUCGUGGUCUGUGAAUAUUUUUAUUUACUUAUAUGUAACGAAUGUAUUUGCCCAGGGGAGCUGAGAGGGUGCAAAAAUAUCUGGAGAAGAAUUUCAUCAUUUCUCAGUCAUGGCUCUUUCCCACCAUCACCUCUUAAAGGGAACCUGUCAUGGCCCAAACAACUUAAUUUCAUUAGAUUGAGCAUAAGAUUCAGUCUAUAGAGUUUUGCUAACAAAUUAAUAGAUUAGAAGCAACACCUAUUUAAAAAUAAUUUUUUUUCUCCCAGCUGUCCGUCAAAGCCUUGUGUGCCGAGGCAUUGACUGACAAGGGAGAGCAGAAAAGACAAGAGGUCCUUCAGCUCUCCACCCACUGCGUUGUGGUUGCUAUGGAAAUUCCCUAGCUGGCGCUUCUGGCACUGGUUCUAGAGUACAGGAAGUGUUGUGACGACACUCCGUUCAGAUGACGUCCCUCUGGCAAUGAAGAAAAAUGAAAGAAGACCUUGGGAGGAGCGCAGGUGGAGUGAAGGAUGGCCAGGACACAAAGCGGCGCUGGAAUGAAGGAAAAGUGAGUAAAUCUAAAAUUCUACAUUGAACACACCAUGCAUCUCUGUGAUAUAUGUUGUAUUCAAUCUAUAUGGGAGCAAUUUCAGGUACGUUAAUUACUAUAUGCCUCCCAGGGUGUCUUCGCCGUCUAACACAGGUUAUUUUGUUACUCAAUGCUGUCAGUGGCUGAGCUGUGUGCAUACAUUUGAUAAGGAAGUGUUUUUCUGAAUGAGGGGAAUGUGGCUAAAAAGGCAUGCUUACUGUGCAGCAUUCUGCAAAACAUUUAUUUAUUUUCUGCAAAACUAUAAAGAUUUGAGUAUGCAAAAAAUACAGCAUAUUAAUGAGGCCAUAUCCUAUUAAAUGCAUUAAAGUAGUAUUGGUGCCCAGAAGGCCCAUUUAACACCAAUAAUGUGGUUUCAUGGCAUUUACUUAUUAUUUAUAAAUGUCUCUCUGCAGGUGACCUGGAUUUGUCAGACUUUUUUGAUACCCCAAGUAAACCCACUGCAAAGCCAGCUAGACCAACCAUAAAACCCCCUCCCAAAAAACCCGGUGAGUAACAAAUACGUUUUUUUUUUGUUUUUUGUUUUUUUUUCAUUGCACAAACUUUGACUUGAUUUAUACCCCCUUAUAAAGCACACAUUAGCUAGCCAUUGGACGACUUUCUCUUGCAGUAUAGACAGAUGAGCUUCUAUUAGACCGCAUUUGCCAGACAUCGCUAUCAUGUGUUAAAAAUUGUACCUUGAAAGCUUAAGGGACAGGAUUGAACACCCCUUUAUUUACAGUUUGGAAUUUCUUGAACGUAUGCAUUUUUGGUGGUGAAAUUACACUUAGUUGUAUGUUUACUUUCAGCAACAACAAUAGGCGGACACCAUCCAUGUGUUUGACAGUUUAUUCAAAGUUCCUCAGCAGUGGUUUUAUUGUUUUUUUGUUUGUUUUUUACCUACAGAGAUACAGAUUCUCAAACUUAGGUGUAUUAAUAUAAAUGUGCUAAGGAGACUGUUAUGCUUGUUGGCAGUACUAUACUUCAGAUCUAGUACCCCUAUGUUAAAAUGUCUAGAAAUAUACAGUCAAGGGAAAAAGAAAGUACAUUCUCUUUGCAUUCUAUCGUUUCCCAUAUUAAGGUAUAAUAGAAUGAUCUGUUCCUUAGCGGAUCUUAAAAUUAGGUAAAUACAACAUCAGAUGAACAACAACACACGACACAUUACACAGUGUCGUGAUUCAUUUAACAAAAAUAAAGCCAAAAUGGAGAAGCCAUGUGUGAACAACUAAGUACACCUCUGAUUCAAUAGCUUGUAGAACUACCUUUACCAUUAAAAACUUGAAGUAAUCGACUUUAGCAAUCUCUCACAUGGAAUUUUUGCCCACUCUUCUUUACAACAUUGCUACAGUUCAUUGAGGUUUUAUGGAAUUUGUCCAUGCACAGUUCUCUUAAGGUCCCGCCACAGCAUUUCAAUUGACCUCCAGUGGGCCAUUGCAACACCUUGAGCCAUUUGAAGCCAUUCUAUUGUAGAUUGGUAGGUGUGCUUUGGAUCAUUGUCCUGUUGCAUGACUCAAUUUUGACCAAGCUUUAGCUGUCGGACAGAUGGCCUCACAUUUGACUCUAGAAUACUUUGGUAUACAGAGCAAUUCAUGGUCGGUGCAAUGUCUGCAAAACAAGCCCAAAUCAUCAUCCCUUCUCCACCACCAUGCUUGACAGUUGAUAUAAGGUGUUUGUGCUGAUAUGUUGAAUUUUUGCCUAGUGUGUCACUGUGCGUUAUGACCAGGAAUCUCCAUUUUUGUCUUAUCUGUCCAAAGGACAUUGUUCCAGAAGUCUUGUGGUUUGUUCAGGUGCAACUUUGAGAGAAGAAGCUUUUUUCUGGCAACCCUUCCAAACAAACCAUACUUGUUCAGUCUUUUUCUAAUUGUACUGUCAUGAACUUUGAUUUUUAACAUGCUUAGUGUGGCCUUUAGAGUCUGAGAUGUAACUCUUGUUGUUUGUUUUUUUUGCAAUUUCUCUGAUAUUUGCACGGUCUGACCUUGGGUUGAAUUUGCUGGGAAGAUUGACAACUGUCUUCAAUGUUUUUUCCACUUUUGAAUAAUCUUUCUCACUGUAGCAUGAUGGACUUUAUAUUGUUUGGAAAUGGCCUUAUAUCCCUUCCCAGUUUGAUGGGCAGCAACAAUUGCUUCUCUAAGAUCAUUGCCGAUGUGCUUCCUCAUUGGCAUUGUGCUAACACACACCUGAAUGUUCCAGACCAGCAAACUGCUAAAACGUUGGCUUUUAUAAAGGUGAUUGUGACAUUUUGCCCUUUGCCAUUUACUCCAGGAGAGGCCUGCUUGCCUGCCUCUUGCCUUGUGACUAUGGCCCCUGGGAUAUAUUGCCCUUUAUAAACAUUAUUCGGGCUUAUGGACUUUUAUUAGACUGUUUCUGGCCCUUUAAAUGCUCUGGGAAAAGAUCUGUUCUUUUGCUAUGGCACUUCGGAUGCAGCCGAAGUAGUCGAAGUGGCCGCCAUUCGACAAACGAACACGUGGUGGUGGACAUUUUAAUUCAGCCGAACGCGGUCAGCGGGCUUUUGCCGUUGAGUUCAUGGAACUAAAAUCGGAUACUCGGCGGCACGAACACCGCUGAAGUUUUACCUUCUUUGUGACUUCGACGCUUCGACAGUAGUCUAACGUCAUUCGACUAUACAAACGCCACAUUAACAUUACCUAUUUUCACGAACGGCCGCCGUUCGUCCGUUCGAACGGCAUUUGAACUGUGAUGAAUAUCCACGUGGGUGGUAACCUUGUGGGGAAAUGUGUAUAAAAGAAGCAAUAAAACCUCAGUGCAUUCUGUUCCUGUUUGACCCUCAACACGUAGUCUUGUCUCGUGAUUGGAGGGGAACUGCUAUAAUCACAUUGGGGAUUGCUAUACCAUGUAUAUUCCCCUUAGCUUUAAUCACUUUGCUCUUUUAAGAGCUGUUCCUGAUUGCUCUCCCACACGGUCCUGGAGGAAAGAGGCUGAUCCAGGGUGGAAGGAAGACUGCUAGACUCCAGUUAAGCUACGGCGGUUGUGGAGUCUGCGGUGCUUGUGGUCCUCGGCGCAAGCUAGGAAGCGACCAUCAACGGAAGGUACUCGCUCAGAGUACAGGUGAUCCGUUACAGUGGUCACACUUGCUGAUGAUCAGUUAAAGGACCACUCUAGGCACCCAGACCACUUCAGCUUAAUGAAGUGGUCUGGGUGCCAGGUCCAGCUAGGGUUAACCCAUUUUUCAAUAAACAUAGCAGUUUCAGAGAAACUGCUAUGUUUAUGAUUGGGUUAAGCCUUCCCCUAUUUCCUCUAGUGGCUGUCUCAUUGACAGCCACUAGAGGCGCUUGCGUGCUUCUCACUGUGAAAAUCACAGUGAGAGCACGCAAGCGUCCAUAGGAAAGCAUUAUGAAUGCUUUCCUAUGUGACCAGCUGAAUGCGCGCGCAUUCAGCCGACGGGGAGGAGAAGAGGAGGAUCGGAGGAGGAGAGCUUCCCGCCCGGCGCUGGAAAAAGGUAAGUUUUAACCCCUUUCCCCCUUCCAGAGCCGGGCGGGAGGGGGUCCCUGAGUGUGGGGGCACCCUCAGGGCACUAUAGUGCCAGGAAAACGAGUAUGUUUUCCUGGCACUAUAGUGGUCCUUUAAUCAAAGAUAUUUCAUUAUUAGAAGAACCAGUCUGCUACUUAGCCUCAUAACUCCCAUGGAAGCAGUAAGUGUGUAAAAUGGCUUCUCCAUUUUAGCUUUGUAAUUUGUCAUGUGGUGUUGUUCAUCUGAGCCUGUAUUUACCUAAAUGUAAGACCUGCUAAGGCAGGGUUUGACAAAUUUGCUUUGAAUCUUGGAGCCAGCUAAAAAAGUUAGGAGCCAUGCUUUUUUAAAAAUUCCAAAGCUUUAUUUUCAAUUACAAAAAGACAAUUCUUAGAGGGACAUUUAAUGUAGUGGUUCCGGUGUCUAUAGCCUGUCCCUGCAGGCUUUUCAAUAUAAACACUGCCUUUUUAGUGAUUAGGUAGCACCUCUAGUGGUUUAUAUAGCCACAACAGGCUUCCUAUCUACUGCUGUAGCUUUACUAGUGUUCUAAAUGAUAAUCUUUUUUAUUUUCUUUGUCUGCAGAUAUACCCAAAAAUCCAGGAAAAAAGCCAGGUAAGAGAACGAGAAUUUCUAUUACUCUACACCUUUGUUAUCAGCAAUAUGCACAUCUUUGGUGCUGAGAGUGGUCUCAUUUAAAAUCCUAAAUUUAAGUUUUUCUUACUAUAUUUUAACUCAUAGGACUGUUUAUGCCGUCAUGCAGGCUUUAAUGUCCUAUUACAAAGGAACCCCAGGUAUUUUUUUUUUUUUUUAAUCUCUGGGGCUUCCCUCAAUCACUUGCGGACAGAAUUAGAGGCGCCAGACUGAAAUAUACUCUGUUUACAGAAAGGGAGCACUGCAAUGAGGGAUUUAAAUCCCCAUUGUUACAAUGCUGUGUGAGCAGGGUUAAAUCCCUUCUGAAACCAGGAAACCCAGGUAUCAAUAGAUACCCGGGGCCUGGGGCUCCCCUCUGUCAGCUGAAUGUUUCCCUUCAUACCCCAAUAGCAUUUUGGUCCAAAAAUUACAAGGCAUUGGGCAUGCUAUAUUCACUAAAAUUGAAAAUUGUCAUACCCAAUAGGGCAAACAUACCACUCUAUUUUAGCUUCACAUUUUUGCUAAUAUUAUUAAUAUAAGCAGAGGGAACUUUGGGAUUAGGUUAAAUUAGGGACUAAGAUUAUUUAUUUUAUAUUUAAAAUGGGUUUGGAAUUAAUUUUAGGAUUGUAAUUUGUGUUUGGAUUAGCAAGGGAAUUCUUCUAACACUUUUUAUAUAUAUUAAUAUUAGGAUUGAGGCUAAAUUUGGGAAUGUGCAUGUUUAGGAUAAAGGUAAUGUUUAUUAUUAGAUGUAGGGUUAGAUUUGGGAUUAGGAUUUGGUUUAGGAUUAAUAUUAAGAUUGUUACUUUGCAAAGGUAUUGCUCUACUCAGGAGAUGUUGAGCAGUUAAGAUUUUUAAAGAAUUUUAAAAAAAAAUUUAAAAGCCUAAAAAUACAAUAUAUAUGUAACAAUUUAAAAAUAAAUACCACAAUCUUGGCAAAACUAUUGAUUUUUUUUUGGCUUCUUAAUUAAGCUCAAAAUAUAUAUAUUUUGUAAAUAAUAUGCAUUUAUGGAGUAAUUUAAAAAUGUGAGCUACUAAAAUGCCCCUAAAUAUAUCUGCAAGCUGUCGGGUUUGAAAAAAAAAAUAAAUAAAAAAAAAAAAAGCAAAAAUAAAAUAAUAAUAUACACUUGAAAAUAAACUGCUGCUAAAAUGGCUGUAUAAUAAGGCUCAAAAUAUAUCAUUUGACAUACCCUGUAGGGUCUACUUUCACAAAUAGUCUUACAUGAUUUGAUGAUUUGAACUGUGAAAGUGCUACAAUGCUCACGAAAUGCAGAAUAAGCCCAUCAAAGUCAUCAAUGGAAAUUAUUGUAAAAACUGAAAUAGUCAGAUCUCUUAUAUAGCACAUAUAUACACAUAUAUCUCGAAAUACACUUAUAAUAUACAAUUCUUUAAUUAUAUUUCACAUAUAUAGGAAAUAAAAUUGUGUGUGAGUCUGUGUGUGUGUGUGUGUGUAUAUAUAUAUAUAUAUAUAUAUAUAUAUAUAUAUAUAUAUAUAUAUAUAUAUAUAUAUAUAUAUAUAUAUAUAUAUAUAUAUAUAUACAUAUAUAUAUAUAUACAUAUAUAUAUAUACAUAUACACAUAUAUAUAUAUAUACAUAUACACACACACACCAAAAACACAUUUAUAAAAAAAAAAACGCUAACUUUGGCCAGCGUUUGUGAGCAAGUGGCUAUUACAAAAGACUGGACAUACCCCAUUUUGAAUACCCUGGGUUGUCUACAUUUGAAAAUGGUAUGCCAUGAUGGGAUUAUUUCACAUUCCUGGGCUACCAUAUGGUCUCAAAAAACAACACUGAUCCAGCAAACUUAAUUGGGCAAGCCCUAUAUUGACCCUGUAACUUUCCAAAACACCAUAAAACCUGUACAUGUGGGGUAUUUUUAUACUCGAGAGACUUCGCUGAACACAAAUAUGAGUGUUUAAAACAGUAAAAGGUAUCACAACAAUGAACUCACCAGUCAAAGUGCGUUUUUUGUGUUAAAAAUAAAUAAAAAAUUCACUAAAAACAAAUAUGAAUGCUAACUUUGGCCAGCGUUUGUGACUAAGUGGCUUCUACAAAAGACUGGACAUACCCCAUUUUGAAUACCAUGGGUUGUCUACUUUUACAAAUGAUAUGCCAUGAUGGGGUUAAUUUUCAUUCCUGGGCUGCUAUACGGUCACAAAGGCAACAUAGGCCCAGCAAACCAAUCUGGCAAAUUUUAAUGUGCAAACAUGAAAAACGGGAAAGCCCAAUCUGGCAAAUUUUAAUGUGCAAACAUGAAAAACGGGAAAGCCCUACCUUUGACCCCUGUAAGUUUGCAAAAACCCAUAAAACAUUGGAGGAGAUGUUGCUGAACACAUAUUGGGGUGUUCUUUGGCAGGAACACAUAACAGGAACUGAAAAUCCAUGAUUUUGGGGGUCAAAGUUCCAAAAAGAGUUGUUGUUUUUUUUAAAUUUUUGUCAUAUUUUAUAAUUAUUUUUAUAGUAAAUUAUAUGAUAUGAUGAAAAUAAUGGUAUCUUUAGAAAGACCAUUUAAUGGCGAGAAAAACGGUUUAUUAUAUGUGUGGGUACAGUAAAUGAGUAAGAGGAAAAUUACAGCUAAACAAAAACACUCCAGAAAUGUAAAAACAGCCCUUGUCCUUAACGGUAAGAAAAUUGAAAAACGGUCUGGUCACUAAGGGGUUAAAGACCUACUUAUGAAGUUUACCUUCUGUUUUGUAUUUUUUUUUUCUGUCAAGACAUCCUUUUGAUGUGAAUAAGACUAUCAGGGUUAUUUACUAAGGUUCGAAUUUCCAAUAAUUUAAAGUGAAUUUCCGACCGGUACCGGGAGCUGUUGUUUCCUGUACCCGGCCGGACUAACAGGAAGUGAACACUCAGUGUGCACUUCCUGUUAGUCCGGCCGGGUACAGGAGACAGCUGCUCUCUGUACCGGUCGGACCAAUAGAGGGCUCGGCCACGCUACAGAGAAGGAAGCUGACAGGAGGGAGCGCUCAGCGCUCCCUCCUGUCAGCCCCUCUCCUCAGGCUGCGCCCGGGCGGUGCGGUCCGCCCUCAUGGACGCACCGCCCGGGCAAAGCUGCAGCCGCCUGAGGCUCUUUACAGAGCGCUCGGGCGGCUGCACCAUGGGGGGGCCGGCGCUCCUGGCGGCGCCCCCUCCCAAGGGGCGCCCUAGGCGGCUGCCUAGUCCGCCUUACAGGUAGCGCCGGCCCUGAGAGCAAAUGCCCGAUGUGUCCAGUUAUCGAAUAGCUAUAACAUUCCCUUUCUUAAAAUCGUAUUUAUUUAUUUUUUUAGGUUUUUAUUUUUAGAACCCUUUCAAAUGAGAUGGAAAUACCUGUAAUGUGUAAUCGUUGUUUUGAAAUAUACAUUUGAACUUUAACGAGUGCAAAUUGUAAGAUUAAAAAAAACACAUUCCUCUUCAUAGAUAACUGAUUUAUAUUUUAUUGAUUAACUCUACAGAAUUAUGUCGGCUGUUUUGAGAGUUCUAAAUCUUUGCUGUAAGCAUUUCUACACAAUUCUACAUAAAUAUAAGUUUUUCAUGGUGAUAGGUACCAAGAUUAAAGCGGCACUGUCAUGCCGAACUUUCCUUUCCUCAAUCUCUUCCUCUUCCCCCCCUCUCUCAGGACCUGUUAUUCUUUUCUUCCUGUCUUCUUUAGUUUUCUUUAAAAUCAUUUGCAUUAUAUACACAUGUAAGUGGGGUCACAUAGCUUUCUCUUCUUCCUUUUUUUAAAAAAAAAAAAAAAGAGGAAAGAGAAAAUGAUAUAUUACAUCUGUUGUAUCUUACACAGUCAAUCUUUCAUCAUUAUCCUUUCUUUAGAUAUUAUACCCAUUUCCAUAUUUAGCUGAUAUACCAGUUACAAGCUUAAUACCUUAGGUUGUUUUCUUUAAAACAUAUAUACAUGUGAAGGGUUAUUCAGGGAUUCCUGACAGAUAUCAGUGUUACAAUGUAACUAGCGUUAAUCUUGAAAAUUAAAUGUUUUGGAAAUAGAAAGGCUACUUGUGCUUAUAGCCCUAUAACUUUCCAAAAAAGCUAAGAACAUGUUAACAUUGGGUAUUUCUAAACUCAAAAUUUAAAAAGUAUUUCGCACGGGUGUUUUUUGAUGGUUGUAGAUGUGUAACAGAUUUUGGGGGUCAAAGUUCCAAAAAGAGUUGUUGUUUUUUUAAAAUUUUUGUCAUAUUUUAUAAUUAUUUUUAUAGUAAAUUAUAUGAUAUGAUGAAAAUAAUGGUAUCUUUAGAAAGACCAUUUAAUGGCGAGAAAAACGGUUUAUUAUAUGUGUGGGUACAGUAAAUGAGUAAGAGGAAAAUUACAGCUAAACAAAAACACUGCAGAAAUGUAAAAACAGCCCUGGUCCUUAACGGUAAGAAAAUUGAAAAACGGUCUGGUCACUAAGGGGUUAAAGACCUAUUUAUGAAGUUUACCUUCUGUUUUGUAUUGUUUGUUUUUUUUCUUUCCAUUUUUCCUGUCAAGACAUCCUUUUGAUGUGAAUAAGACUAUCAGGGUUAUUUACUGAAUUUCCAAUAAUUUAAAGUGAAUUUCAGAUUUAAUUUAAUUGGAGAAUUUUCCCAGUUUGGUAAUUCUGGCCUUAAAUUUGAAAUAUUCUUCGAAUUCCGGACACUUAUUCACAUUGAAUAGUCCUCUUAGUUCUUACAGAUUCAUUUAUUUUUUUCUCUUUUCUAUAAUUGAGAUUGUUGAAAUCUUUUCUUUUGUAUCUUCAUUUUGUGUGUGUAUUUUUUUUUUUUUUUCUGAAAGAUUCGGGUGGCUUUGACCUGGCAGAUGCCUUGGAUGAGAAGAAUGAUCCAAAAGGUUCAGGUAUGGGGCAGUUGAAAUUUAGAAAUUACAUUUUGUCCUUGUUACAAUGAAGCCACUCUGUAUAAUGUUGCACAAUUACAAAUGCAAAAUGUAAUCCAGAUGGUACAAUCCGUUAAAGGGAAUGGGUCCGUGCUGUCAGUGACGUCCUCACUUUGCAGUACAAGUCUAAGUCUCCCUCUUUACAUUAAACAUGUCUAAGUACCUGCUUCAUCGUAUGUUACCCAUUACAAAUGACAAUAGAUCCUCUAAGUGAAAUUCAUUUUAACUAAUUUUUGUUACUUUUCACUUGGAUCUUUCACAGAUAAUCUAGCAGUAGUUUAUCAGACUUGUUUUUUAAUUUGUAUUUAAUAUAUUACCUCCUGCAUUACUAACAUUUAGUGCAAAACCUCUUUAUAAUGCAAGAACCACUUCCUAAAUGUUUACCAAACUUCAGUCUUGACACAAUUGAACAAUUAAUUAGGCUACUGCAACGAGAGAUAAGAUAAGGUUUCUGAAAACGAAAAAAUAGAGAGCAAAUGCCCGAUGUGUCCAGUUAUCGAAUAGCUAUAACAUUCCCUUUCUUAAAAUCGUAUUUAUUUAUUUUUUUAGGUUUUUAUUUUUAGAACCCUUUCAAAUGAGAUGGAAAUACCUAUAAAUGUGUAAUCGUUGUUUUGAAAUAUACAUUUGAACUUUAACGAGUGCAAAUUGUAAGAUUAAAAAAAACACAUUCCUCUUCACAGAUAACUGAUUUAUAUUUUAUUGAUUAACUCUACAGAAUUAUGUCGGCUGUUUUGAGAGUUCUAAAUCUGUGCUGUAAGCAUUUUUAAAAAACAAUUCUACAUAAAUAUAAGUUUUUCAUGGUGAUAGGUACCAAGAUUAAAGAGAAAGAUAAGCCGGCUGGGGGAUCUGGUAAGAAGCAAGUCUUCUGGCACAAAACUCACUUCUUUCUUCCACUUCAACGCCCUCUCCUAUUCUGCUUUCUUCUUCUUUAGUCUCAAAUAAACACAUUACGCUAGUAAACCUUCGCUAGCCAGAUGUUCUGCUAAGCACAGUUUACACUAAAAAUGUAUAUUGUACCCAUGUGUCUGUGGUUAUCGAGGGCCAGAUUUCAUUCAACAUACGAUGAUCAUGGUCAUUUAGAAUACUUUUAUGAUGUGGUAAUAUUAAUAGUAUUUUCAGCAUUUCCUAAUGGGCUACACUUGCUUCAUCAAAGUGGCCCUUCCGUACUUAUAUUACGUUAUGUUACCAUGGAAACAGAUCCAGGUAGUGUGUAGCCCAGAAAAGUUGCUUAGUAAAAUAUUAAGUUUCACCAAACAUUAGGAUUUUAUGUAUUCUAUUUUAAAUUGUUAUAUGGUAAUAUAGUUAUGGCAUUUAUAAACUGCAGUUUUCCGUUUUACUGUUGACUGAGAACUAAAAUUAGAUAGAAGCUGUUGCAUACAUCACAAAUCAGAAAUUAUCAGCCAGGUUACUUACAGACAUAAUAUGCUGGUCUGUUUAAAGUUGGUGAAAUAAUAAGUAGAAUUGUAAAUGUACGUGUCAUAUGCACUGACCUGUUCAUCAAUUCUUUCAUGUCAUGCUCUGGGAAGCAAGGAAUUUAAAAGUACAUUAAAAAAGGGAAAAAUAUCCAAUUUAAAUAAAGAUCUUUUUCAAAAUCACAAAUAUUACAGCACGGGAAAGAAUGUGAGAAAAUAACCAUUUGCUGAAACCCCAGAGUAUUCGUAUCUCAAAAUGUAGUAGUAACAGUGAGAUCAAUCUUAGGUGGAUGAUGUACUUUUAGAAACUCCAAGAAUCUCGUUUGAAUGUUGUAGGGGAUUUCUGUGUUGCUUUCACAUUGUCCAACUGUGGUCACGUGUUUUGUUUGGCUGAGACUACUGGGAAUCAUAUCGUACAGAACAGGGGAGAUUUAUCAAGGCAAAACGGGUGCUAAUAUGUGUGAGAUACAUUCUGUUGGUUUCCAUGGUAAUUGGUCCUUAGUUAGCUGUUUUUGCUCAGAAUAGCACCUGCUUUUGCUUUGAUAAAUUUCUCCCAGAUAUUUAUUCUAUUCAGACUGCAGUGAUAGGCAGCCUCUGAUUCUUCAAUUGCUGUGGAUUCACACUGUCAUGAGAAUAGGCAGCUGCUUGAAUGCUAGAAGGGUCUACAAAGGAACCUGUUGGUUGGAUUGAUGCUUUUUGCUUCCUAAUACACUUGUUUGUAGGUUCUGCAUUCUAACUACUGUAUCUUCUUACCUCCGUUUCAUGCUGUGGUUGCGCAUUGCAAAUUAAAAUGCUCAUCUGUUAACAUAUUCUUAUUUUAACUGUGCGAUGUGUCCCUCUUUUAAAAUGGCAAAUACUCUACUCCCAUUUAACAUGAAAUAAUCUGUCUGCGUUUUUGUGCUGAUUGUCAACAAAUGUGUCUUUGUGGUGAGAAUUUGACCUUUCUUAGUUGUACACAGCACACAGCAUUGUUUCCAUAGUAAAACAAGACUGCCGCCCAUUUAGCUGUUACUAAAUAGAAAAUGACAAAUUCCAAGUUAUUGAAUCCAGAAUAGUACCUAACAGUGCAGUCUUUAAAGGACUCUUUGAAAUAAACAUUUAUAUUGUACAUUCUCCUAAGCCAAAACUAAAGGGUUUAGUGACUACCAACGAAUUACAGGAUAAUGCAUUUGCAAUAAAAUCGGGAAAUAAUCCCAGCUUCGCUAUUUUAGUCUGAAUUUUGCAUUUCAGUGUUUAAUUAAUUAGAAAAAAUUAAUAAUAAUUGGCGAAUAGACCCCAUGUAUCCAUGUAUUUUCAGUGGAUCCCUGUUCACUGGAAAAGAACCAUUAUAUUAUUCAAUCUUGGAGGCAUUAUGUAGAAAGGAAACCUCUCUUUACAGAGUCACCUAAUCAACCAAGCCUACGGAGCAUCUCACUAAGUGACCAGUCAGUCACGUUUUCAGAUUAGCCAGGAUCUUAUGAUGAGUUUGUUUGUUUUUCCUCCUUAAUCACUGUUGCAAUGUAUUGCAGAUUUUUCGGAUUCAGAUUUAGAAGACAUCGUGGGUGGCGGUGGCUACAGUCCAGACAAAAAGAAAGGUACUAUGAAUUCACUUGUAGUCCGAUACAUUCUCCAUUCCUGGUUUUGUAAGACUAGGUUUGGCCAGAAGAUCAGCCCCCAUGUCAACUUGGUUAGUAAGACUUGUGUUACAUUAAGGGGAAUAAGGCCUUUGUCCAAGGUGGAAGACCAACGGGAUGCUGUGCAAGUCCAUUGGCCUACUGAAAAGAAUUUAAGAUUUUCCAUUUACUGGCCUCUGCAUUGCAAAAUAGCACAUGAACACAUUGGUUGGCAUAUACCAUUAUCAGGACUAAUACUCUAUCUGAUGAAUGACACAUUCAGCUGCUAAAGGAACACUAAAUCACUUCUUUCUAAACGUUUUCCCACCAUGGACCACUAGGGCUGAUGCCCUCUCCCAUGUCCUACACUUAUGGAUUCAUACAUAAUACAUAUUCAGGAACACCACACACAUAAAAAAAAAUCCUUUUUAAAUUUAACAAGGCUACUUAAAAUCACCUAUCUCAGCAAACUAAUAUGGGAAAUCCGUUCCAUCAUAUGGCCAUACUGUUUUAAGCCCACCACUACUUAACAGCAUCCUACACUAAUUCAAACGCGAGAGACAAAUCUAAUAGUGCUAGUGCUAAAUAAACUAAAGUGUAUUUAAAUAAUCUGUUGUAAGAGCAUUGUUAAUAUAUAAAAAAAUAUAUAUAUAAAAUGAUAUAAUUCAAAAUUAAUGUGUGAAACGCAAUUUUUACAAAAAUGCAGUGUCAAAACGAAACAAUUCAAGUGAUAGAGCUUUGAUGAAUAUACGCAAAAUGCAAUUCAUACAUCUGCUGUAUGAAAAUUAUAAUUAAAGUGACAUUACUAUCCAAAACCGCCUCAAAUAUAUAGCUGUGGUCACCUCCAAAGGGGCCUCUGAAGCUGGGGAGCUGGGCAUGUUUCGGGUGUGCCCCCACUUCCUUUUUGUCCUUACUACACUUAUAGAUUGGCAGUGUGGUGGGCUUAUUCAUGAAAGGGGUGAGGAAUUACUUGGAAGGAACGGGGUUCAGUGACCUGGACAAGGACACGAUAAGGUGCAGGAAAAGAUAAACUACAGAACACGGAAUAUAGACCAGUGAAAGAGAGAAUUUAAUGAGAUGUUGAGAUAGAUAUGGUGGAGAAAGAAUAUAUUUGUAGACGCUUGGCCUGUACGCACAGUCUGAGUUUGCCUGUCCUUACUCAUUGGUCAAUCCAGGUCUUAAUUGGGACACACAAAUGGACAUCGUCUUUGACAUUUUGUUUUUUUGGAGCAGCAUUCCUUCUUGCUGCCUGAGGAUUAAUGAGGUGUACUGACGUAAUACCAUGCAACAAAGAAGGGUUUAUAUGCGUUUUUUUUUUUCCUCAGGUGGUCAUGGAGGUGGUGGUGGUGGCUCAAACGGAUAUUCAGGAGCAGGCGGUGACUCUGGUUCUGGUGGGUGUCAUUAAACAUUAGCAGUGAGUUGAUUAAAGCUUCCUUCUGACUUGCAACAUUCUUGCAAAUAUAUGAGCUGUGACAGUAUCUCAGCUUGUUCAAAAGAAAGUAAUUUCAAAGAUUAUGUUAAAUAUUGGAAAAAUAUUAGAUGUUAUUUAAUACCUAGAAACUAUCUAGGUCCUAUUUUAUUGCACAUGUGAGUUACACACAGUAUUAUUAUUAAACAUACUCACUAGGUUUGGGAAUCCCUGAGUAGAGGUGAAAUGUUGCCAGUUAGGUGAAAAGUGUCACACAUUUAAUCCACAACCUAUCCAGUAUAUUGAUACACGGCUCUGUGUUAUGUCUGUCUACAACAGCACUGUACGCAUCUAUAACCAUUUUUAAAAUGGCUGCUUGGUUUUCACAGGAGGUUCAGCAGAGCCUGUAACUAUUGCAGGGGUGGCAAGCGGCUUGGCUAUGGCAUUACUUGGUGCUGUAGUGAGUUACAUUUCAUAUCAACAAAAGAAGUUUUGCUUCAGUAUACAAGGUACGUUUAUUUACACAAUUCACUUACAUGAUCUAAAGAUUAUUCGGAGCACAGGAAACACUAGUAUCUGGUGCUGAGAUUUUGUAGACACCAUUAACAGAGUUUUCAGGCCUGAUUGUCUGGCACAAGAGUGCAAGUACUGAGGUGACCCAGAGUCUCUCGCCCCUCCCCCCUCAAAUCACUAAAGGCAAGUCUACUGUCUAGCAGCAUCCUACAUUUUUGAAGAAGUGGUGGGACAACCUUAGAAUCAUCUUUUCAGAGGCACAGUGAUCGACAAGAUGGACCUUUCCCUCCAUAAUCUCUACUAUAUAAGAAACAAACCACAAAUUGUUUUCUCGCUUGUACCACACAUCUCAACUCCUACAUUGAAUCUUGCUUAGUAUUCUUAAUACAUGCUGGAGGGGCUAAACUGUGGUUGGAACAAUGAUACACAGCUGAUGGGACUGCCCACUUAUAGCUUCAUAUUGGCAAAAGUGUACCCUACUAUAAAUUUAUUUUGGGAUUGUUCCCUCUUAGCCAUAUGAUAUUACCUAUUUCCAAAUUUAAGAAAUCCCUGACCAAGCAUUUCCUUAAUACAGCUAGGAUGUUGAUCACUGCCUUCUGGAAAAAGAACUUGGCCCAGAGCCUGGCACAAUGGGUGGCCUAUAUUAGGUCCAUCAUUCUGCCAACUCACAGGCUAUUUUCUGGUGAAACAAGAUUUUGAGAGAGCAAUGGCCUCCACAUAUUUAUUUUUGCUGAGCAGGUGCCCAUGUGUUUAAGUUCUGCACACGUGUAUCACUAGAUCAAAUAAUUAUACUCCAUGUUUUGUUUGUCUCGUGAAUUUCCAUAAAAAUGUGGAAACCAUUUGUGGAAGAUCAGAGUUCCCUGGAUCCUUGAACAACUUUCAAGGUUAUGUGUAUAUAUAGUCCUGUUGCAAGGCAACACAAAGAUCCAGAGAAGACUAUAAGCGUGGAUCUUGCUUUCUAGAGGUCUUUUCCAAGGACUUGCUUAUUCUGCAGCACACAACACUUUAUCCUGGAAAUAGAAAUGUCCAGUGAGCCAUAAAGAAUCAUGCCGUUUAUGCCUUGAGGGUUUAGUAAUGUGAUAUUGACAGUCUGCACAGCACUCUAUUAGCAGCCUACAACUGGAUAUAACAUAUACUAGACAGAUUAUAUUUUAUGGGAUUUAAUUAAGACAUUCUGCCCUCCUCACCCUAUUUGCUAUAUUAAAAUGCAUUAUAUUUACACAGCUAUGAAAAAUUGUAAAAAAAAAAAAAAAAAGGGCCCACUCUCCCCUGGAAAAAAACAUGGAUGUGAUUUUGCUUUGAUUCUUAUGUUUUGGUUUAUGCCAAGUGAAAGGCUAAUUAAUUACAACAAACUCCGUACUAUUUAAUGUUUUGUUUUUUUGUUGUGGAUGGAAGGUAGUUGCGGUGGGGAUGGACAUAAGGGUAUUAUUGACUGGUGCGUGGUUUGGGCAAAAGAGUGCAUGGUUAACAGUCUGUGGGGCUAUUAUAUUGCUACUGUAUGUCAAUGUAUCUUCUCAGGUCUGUCCCUAAAUAAAGUAGUCGUUGGUAGGCAAGUUUCCUGGAGACGUCCGUUACUGCUUGUUAUAGUCAGAACUGUUUUGGAAAGUGAUAGGUCUGCCAUUAUGGUUAUAAAGAUUAAGCAUUCAAUAGGCAGACUCAUUCUCUCCCUGCUUUAGCAGAGUGCUAGGAUCUGUUCUAUUGUACAGUGCUGUUAGUUUUCAAAGCCAUUCAAUUAUGCUGUUUCUUGUACUUUCUACUUACAGAGAGCCUUAAUGCAGAAUAUGUCAAGGGGGAACAGGCAGAAGGCGUAGUGUGUGAAGAACCGCUAGGUAAGGAUUAUGUUUGACUGUAAUGUGUGUUUCCCUGAUAAAUUCUAUAUUUUCCUCUAAAUUCCUUCAGUGCCUAGAACAAAAUACCUUUACUACAUGUACACAGAGACAAACACAAGCAUUUACAAUACUAAAUAAUUUUUUUUUUAAAAUGUUUUAACCUCUUUUACUGCUUUUGACUGUUGUGUACUUUUUAAAUUAAAUCUCAUUUUAAUUCCUGUGAAUGUCUAGAUAUGUGAUCUGUAACAAACACGUCACCAUGUUUCAGUAGAAUGAAACCAUGUAAUUAAAAACACUUUUUGGGGUUUAAUAGACAAGAACUCUUUAAACAAUACAAGAAUCCAAACUGAUGAUCCAGUAUCUGACCUCUGAUUGAUGCUGGGAAGAAAAAUCUAUAUUUUUUUAAUUGUAAUUAUAAUUACAGUAUAUCACAAACCUCCAGGAAUAUAAUAUAAUAUAAGUAUAUAAAAUCAUUGUCUCUAGCGAAAAAUAGACCAAAAUAUGCACAAUUCUCUCACUACAACUCCUCAGCCAAUUUCUCAAGGUAAACUUUCUAGCCACUUGCUGUGGAACUAGAAAAUUACGGUAUGUAGCACAAUGUAACAAAAAAGUAAUAAAACUAUGUACAUACGGUUUCUCACCACUCCAUUCUGAGAAGCCUGAUAGGUGAUGGGUAAAUGAAACUGGAACCUUACCACAAAAAAUAAUAAAUACAAAACAUCCUCCUGCAUUAAUACCCAGUAUAGAUUGAAAAAAAUAAUUAUACAAGAAUUGCUGAACCUUUAAUAGUAUUUACAUGAGCGUAAACCCGGGUACAAGUUUUGUAUGCAAGUGCGGGAACCUUCUCACAGUCUUAGGCCAUUUUAAAACAAACAAGGGGGUGAAGUGAAAUUCUGUGAGCAGUGGUUUUUCAUUCAGUUUUCUAGUUUUCUAGUUUCCUGUAUACUAACUGCUUCAUACGUUUUACCACUUUAGUAAAAUAUUCAGUGGAAGAACAAACCGCCGCUCCUCCAACACAAGAUCCUUCCAAGGUGUGAACAUCCCAUCCACGACACCAACACAGAGAAAUGUUGCCAGCCACGUAAUCGAUGAAGCCUGUAUGGGCGUAUUUUAAUUGGGCUUCAAGAUAAUGGACAGCUUCUUAAAGAGUUUUAUGUUUACGUUUUAGUGACAGGUCAAUUUUAUUUAUUUUUUCCUCGUUGAUAUGAUCAAAUAAUGAUGUGUUUUUAAUUAAUAACAUUAUCUGGAAACCAUUUUUUUUUUUUAAUUUAAUUUUUUUUUUUUUGCAUUUGUGAAAUGGAAGUAAAUCUUUACAUUACUCUAGUGCUCAACACGAGAUAUUAAUAUACCCAGGAGCUGAAUGGGAGCCCCUCAGGCUACUGCUGUUAAAAUCCUUUGCUUGUGUGAGUUUUCAAUAAACAAGAAAUAGAUUCUUCUGAUCCUUGAGAUCCCUAAAUCCUUUGCAGGCACAAUCAAAGCAGCCCAGUGUUUGACAGCUGCAGUUGGCCACAUUUUAUACCUAAGCUAGAUGCCUUGUUAUAAAUUGGGGAAAAAAUGUUGAUUGAAGCAGGAACAAUGCUGGUAACAUGGAUGGUUUUAUAUAUUUAUUUUUAUGUUGCUUUUUUAUGACACUGCUCUGUUGGCGCACACAGUUACACUUUUUUUCUUUUUAGACAAGAUAGGAGAAGUGUGCAUGACACACACACACAAAAAAAAAACAAGUCUCUGGCCACACAAAAUUCUGUUAUUUCAUCUUUUUUAGUCUGACGUUCUUAGUGGGUAUAUAAACGACAGGCAAUCGAGGUUUACAGACUAUCAGCAGCAAUAAAUCACUUUAUUAAAAUGAAGUACAUUUGGUGCUUAAUUUUGUACUACCUUUUUUUUUUUACUGCAUUAUCAGAGCAUCCUCAUCAGCUACCAAGAGCACUGCAAAGGUCGAUUUAAGUAUCUCUCGCUUAGUCCCGUCUGUGUUUAAACAUCUCCUGUCGCUGUAUCAUAUCUGUAGCAAGUCAGUUAUCACUUUUCAGAAAGAUGCAAUUAGACCAUUUUCCAUUUGCUGUAAUUUGGUGAUCAGUUGCCACCUGGAAAAUACCAAUAUUCUGUGUAUCAUGGAGAAAGUUCUAAAACCAUCCACUGCAUCUUGAUCCACUUCAAGAGAUAUAGUCUCACCAAAAUGACAUUUGAUUUAUUGAUAAAAUGUAUGUCCUACUACCAGGAAAUGUAGUUUAACAAUGAACAUGCCUCAGAGUAUAGUUAUACUGUAUGGAGUCACUGACAUAGAAGACUAUUUCAAAUACAGUGAUUCAUACGGUUACCAUGUUUCCAGGGACAUAUAUCACAUAUACAGAAUGAUGGGCAGCACCUGAAAAGGGUUGCCCUAUAGUAUGUAGAAUUCCAAUGGUGGUGUAUAAGAUUAAGUAAUCAGGCAAUGAAGAAUCCUGCAGAAUAUCUAUUUUACAUACUGCAGUGAAACCCUUUUCAUGCGUUUUCAUAAAUAUAACAAAUUUCUGUGUGUCCCUGAAAACAUAGUGGCUAUGGUAACCCUAUGAAUACACAUGAUUUAACUGCCUGGGCAGCCUGUUGCAAUUAACACAUCAAGCAAGUUUUUAUUUUAAUGAUGAUGAUCUGUGUGUAGAUAGAUAAAGAAUAUUUAUUAUUAAUUUAUUUACUUUAAUAUUAAAAUUCCUUAGAGCAUUUUAUUCCAGAUGAAUAGGUUUUCCCUGUACCUACUUGUACCCCAUGUAUACGGCUCAGAGAGCCUUAAUUCAAGUGUAUGGAUUCAUUCUUGGCCGAUCUUUGCCAGACCCAGUCUGUUCUGAGAGAGGAGUUUACAACAUACUUUGUAUGUUUAGUGUGUCUCCUCUCAUUCAUUAACGUUUAAGAAUAGGAUUUGAUGAUAAACCCAUCACUUUCUCACAGAGUCCGGAGAUCUUCUGGGGAUAGACUGCAGGGAGAUUUUAUUCAGUUAUUAAAAAUAUUAACUUUUUUUCUGUUAUUGUGGAGGAAAAGUCUGACAUUGUUUUUUUUUCGCCCUUUCCAUCUAAUCAAACAAUCCUUAUGUAAUCAGAAACCUAAAACGGAGAGUAGUAAUUGCAUGCUUUCUGGAUGCUGUGCCUUCUCCAGGCUUGUUUUCCAUCAUCCUGUUAUUUUGCAGUCUUUGCUCCAGUCGUAUACGAAGACUCAAGCCAUGUUAUACAUUGCUUGUAUAGGUUUCAUACACACAUGGGACACUAUCUUUAUAAAUGGAUAUAUAACCAUAAAGCACCCAGGAACACUAGAUCAGGGGUGCCCAAAAGGUAAAUCCCCAGAUAGUGUAGAACUACAGCUACUUUGAUGCUUUGCAUGCCUUUAGAAUGACAAAGCAUCAUGGAAGCUGUAGUUUUAAAACAUCUGGAAAUCUACCUUUUGGGCACCUCUGCUCUAGAUUAUGCACUCCCCUUUACAAAUUAGAAAAAAAAAAGUAACUCACCAAAACCACUGCUUCACCCUCAUCUGCGAUCAUCACUAGGAUAAUCUUAAAUCCAAUCCAGUGCUUUUCCAUAGGGGAAACACCGACAGUGUUUUCCCGGUGCUAUGAUCAAUGAUAUAUUCAUGAAUUUGCCCUCUCACCCCCACCCCACACAAUAACAAUAACCCACAUCCAAACACAUUUCUCUCUCUCUCCCCCCUAUCCCAGCAGACCCCAGGUAAGUUUUCAAACUGUUCUUAAACAGUUUUACUACUUACUCUUGGAGGGCACUACUGGCACCAUAACCACUACAAAGUGCUGUAGUGGUUAUUGUGCCUGGAACGUUUAUUUAAAUAAUCUACCAGUGCCCCUAUCAAGAUUAGGUUCUGAAUCUGCGCUUGAACAGCAAGCAUUUCUGCUGACCAGGGGCCCAGAAAAUGCCGCUGCGCUGUACAUAUAUACAACCUAAUAACAUUUUUGACUUGGGGGCGCCUUGAACCUUAAAAGUUUGGGACUAAUAGGGAGACUAAAUUGUGUUUGCAUGGUCAUGAUGCUGAAUCUAAAUAUCUUCAGAAAAUGAGGAUGUUCUAGGAGGAAGUGCCUCAAAUGGUUUUCUGAUUGACAGCCACUAGAGGGUGACUGGCAGACAAAUGGAAACAUUGCUGUUAUUCUCAGAAAUAACAUUUAUCAGACUGAAGGGACAGCUUCUUGGCACUAAGAUUGCUACACUUAGUUGUAGUGGUAAUGGUGCUUAAUUUCCCUUUACACUGUAUGGAGGAGAAAUACUCUAUGUGCACACUGCAUAGGAUAUUAAUUAUAAUCUUAUGCAUAUUUCUGAGGGAUUUCUCACAUUUUGUGAAUGCCACUAAAUGUUCUUUUCAGCAAGAGGAGUUUGCAUUCCAUUGUUAUUUAAUUGUCCCUGCUUUAACUAAGUAAUGGCUGAUUAUAUACCUGUUAUUGUAUUGCUGAGGGAUAAAUGUAUGAACAAACCAAAGGUCCUUUUUCUCAGGGUAUCUGGGUCAAUACUAAGCCCCCUUCAAUCCAGGCUGUUGUCAACACUGUGGCUUAUUUUCCUUUCCUAUUAAUGUGUUUUUUGGUUUUCUCACAUAAUGGUCUUGGCUAAUUGUGAGCUGCUGGGGAAAGUGAUAUGAGUGUAUACAAAGCUGCUAACUACAUGAUUCAACUUUACUGCACAGCCAUACUAUCAACAGUGCUGUAUCUUUUAUUUACUUAUUACUGGCAUUUAUAGAGCACCGACCUAUUCCGCAGCGCUGAAUGUUGCUUUGUUUGGCAUACUCACUGUGCUGGUGCACAUGGAACACUUUCUAACUAUCUCCAUCCAUUGCCAGUAGAAAUACAAUAUUUAACUGAAUGUCACCAAAAAUGACAUUCUGUAAGUAAUGUAAUCUUGGUAGUCAAUCUAUGUAGGAGUCUCCCCUUUCUGUUGGGGAGAGCCUGUGGGUUGGUUUGUAAAGACCCAUGGCCGUCUCUUCUGUAUCUCUGUGAUUCUAUGUUAAAUUACACUCUAAAUCAAAGGUUCCAUCAGACAUAUUUACCCCACUAUGGACUGUCCUUAUAGCCUUGAGGUGAAGCAUCAGAAAAUCUCAGUUGCGCACUCAGCAUAACCUUAGUCCCGUGUACCUUGUGCGGUUAUGUGUGAAGAUGUCCAUAUGCUUUCUCGAACGCUAAUCAGAGAGUGCUGGAGGAAGUCUAAAUGACAAGCUCAUGUCAUAUUACUAUAACCAUAAUAUGUGAUUAGAUUAUAGGAUAUAAGAGGAAAUUGAGAGACACACACAGUGCUCUGCAACACUGGUUAACCUCUAAGAACCAAUUAUACAUGACAUCACAAUCCAGUCUGCAUGCACUAUCCAAAUUCAUCAGGUUUAGGCACAAAAGUGAGCAUUGUUGGAAAUGCUAAAUUAAUUUCAAAUGAUCAAAAUUGCCAACCUUGAAAAAUAAAAGGAUUAAAGUCAGCUAUGUUUCAAGUGUUGGCCUUCAAUUUGAAAUUCACUUUAAAUGACUAUUUGUUGUAUGCUGACUUUUGGUGAAUAGCCCUUCAUGACUAUUACUAGAAGUCCUGCUAUAGUUAAAGGUGCGGGGUGCUUCAUGUCAGAGGAGGCUUUCUGAGGAUUUCAGUUUUGCAGUAGCAGACAGAUAUUGGUCCAAAACAAACUAAACUCACCUUAAAAUAAUGUUUGCUAUUUUUGGUGAAGACUAAGUUUGGAUUCAUGUCUCACACUCUAAGUGACCUCAUUAAGUUAUUUUAGGUUUAAAGCCAUGUGGAAAUUCUCAUACAAAGGUUUAAAGGGAUUCUCCAGUGCCAGGAAAACAUUUGUUAAAACCCCUUCAGUGACUUACCGGAGUCCAGCGCCGAUGUCCCUCGGUGCUGGGUCAGGCUUCGCGCAUUAAACAAGGUUUUCCUAUGGGGAGUUCGGCGACGCUGGAGGACCUCACAUAGCGUGAGGACGUCCAGCGUUGCUGAAAACACUUUUCGUGUAUUGUGAACACGGAAGUCCCUCUAGUGGCUGUCUACUAGACAGCCACUAGAUGAGGAUUUAACCCUGCAAGGUAAAUAUUGCAAUUUAUGAAAACUGCAAUAAUUACACUUGCAUGGUUAAGGGUAGUGGGAGUUGGCACCCAGACCACUCCAAUGGGCGGAAGUGGUCUGGGUGCCUGGAGUAUCCCUUUAAAGGUACAAUUAAAGCCCCAUAACUUAUGGUCCUGAUAAUGGAACUGUAGCAAGCACAGAGCUAAAGAUCCUAUAAACCACUGGGCAAAUUUUUACGUUAUAUAUUGUUUCCAUUGAAAAUGAUGGGGGACACCCCAAUUAGCGGAGGUCCUUCCUGGUCUAGGCAGCCGCUGCAUGGUUGGAACUUCCUGCCUUUAUUUGAGAGUUCUUUUAUACUUUUUAUUGCUAUGUGAUAAAGGGGUAGAUAACGGGCCUCCUACCACAACAUAGGAGGAAACCAGCUCAACAGGUCUCCUUACACUACAGCCUGUGUUUAUUGCUUUUGCUGUGCUCAAACUCGAACAAUUAAAUUUGCACAAAUUAAAAAAAAAAUAAAUUAAAAUGGCAGAUGGAUAUUUGAAAAUAGCUGCACAUCCACUGUAUGCUUAAAUGAGAUCAUGUACGGUUGUGGAGCUCUUUACAUGAACACACUAUGUGUUUAAUUAUAGGAAGCCAACAAUAUCUCUAUUUUCUGAUUAGAGUUAUCGUCCAAAGCAAUAGCUGUGUUAUUACAGAUGUUUGUAAACUGCAUUUCCUACAAUAUCUAGCCUAAGGCAGUGGGCAAAUUGGGUAUUACUGGGAUUGUUUGACACAGACAUCAGUGUCACGCUCACAGUCAAAGUGGUGCAGCACAUAUUCCCAAGUUGUGGAUUAGAAUCCUGAUUUUUUUCUAAUAAAUCAUGUUGAGAAAAAAGGAUUUUAAUGUGCUGACUCUGCUACCGUUUACUUCCCCACAUUCAAAUGAACUACUCGAGUGGAAUCAUGUGUAUGGUUUUGUGAUACCAGGCAUUUGAAAAUAAUACUUUGUUUUCCUUUUGGAUUAUGUAUAUUGGCUUGUAUUUUGCAGUAUCAAUAUAUAGAUUGUUUAACCCCUUAAGGACACGCAUGAUUCCUUUUUAUUCCAGAAGUUUAGUCCUUAAGGGGUUAAAAGCUCUACAUUUAUACUGCUUUAAAUAUAUUUUAGAAGAUGGUUUUUAAAGAGUCUUUAAGACGUUAUGUACAAUCUUAUGCAAAUUGCUUUGCGAAUCAUAAAAGAAAAUGUACACUUGUUUUUUUUUUUUAAUUUCUUUUAACUAAACCAUAAAUGUUGAUGACUGAGCUAACGGGAGAAUCUUUCUAAUUUGGUUGGAAUUUUCCCAGUUUGUAUCACUGGAAUUCACCAUUAACGGGUUUAUUUCAAGUUAAUUAAAAUAGGGUUACAAAAUUGGUGAACACUGUUUCGUUGUCACAAAGGGCAUUUAAAUUAUGUCACUUCUUUGGAGUAUGCACGGGGGGGAGGGGGCACAGGGGUACAUGUAGUCUGUAUAAGAAAAACUCUUAUCGACUGUUCACGUCUGACUGUUACAGAUAUUAGCGGAUGUCCAACAUUAGCAGACUGCUAAUAUAAGUUUACCUACCGCAGUUAAAGGUUUGUGAACAGAUUUUCCAUAUUGUGUUAAACUACAGAUGAAUUGUUUGGGAAUAUGUAAAGCUAAUAAAAAUAUUAAAGUAAAAGCGUGUGAUCAGUUUUUUCAAAAUGGUAUGUUUGUUAUUGAAGACACAGUAAAAGUAUAUACCGGUAGUUUGAAAAACUCACAAUUUUACAGAUGGUUCAUCAUGUUAAAAUAACCGUGAUGGUCAGUCAUCGUGAUAGUCUUCUGCAUUCUGGCUGUAAAGUAUUUACUUCUUUAAGAAUUUCUUAAUAAACAUGAGACAAUUAAAUCUGUUAUGGCUUUUCCUUGUGUGAACAAAGAAUAUAGAAUUUUUCAUGAUGCCAGACAUUAAAAUUACUUUAAAACUACUGAUCAUUAAAUGACAUAGUGAAAAGGGACACUAGAGUCACCAAAAAAAUAAAAGCUUAAUGAAGCAGUUUUUUUCAGUAUACAUCAUGCCCCAGGAGUUUCACUGCUCAAUUCUCUGGUUCAUUAAUCUAAAGUUGCGUUAGUGACUAUAGUGUCCCUUUAAAUUCAGGAUCAGGCAUGUCAACAUGACACUGCAGGUUCGAAAUUAAGACCAAUUCAUUUUUUUUCUCAAGAGUAGGUGCAAUAUUUCUUAAUGGCUUUUCCCCCAUUAGGAGGGUUACAACCGUAAAUAUUAAGUGGUGAUUGUUUUAUAUGAAAAUUCUUCCAUCCUGCAUAAUAACACUCUAAACAUGUUUAAAUAAAAAAACAUUUAAUAAACUUUAACAGAAUACUCAGUUACCAAAAAAAAAAGUGCUACCAUGUCAGUUUACACUAUAUACAGUGAAGGAGUAAACCAUGUUUGUGCUCACAAUUAACACAGAAAGAUAAAUAUUCAUAUGGAAGAAAAAAAAAAUAACAGAUCACUAUCAUGUAACUAAAAUAUCUAUUGUGUGCAUCAUAUGAACAUUAUAACCACACAUUUGGCAGGGAAUGUCUUAAGUAAAUUACUGGGAUAACCGGACAAUCAUGCAAUAAAUAUCAAUGAAUGCAUAUAGAGCAAUUGAACCAUAAUACAUGAGCUAAAUUUCUCCACUGAAUUUUAGAGAACCGCACGAAAAACACGUCAUCAUGAAAUACAAGUUGUGCACCAAGUUAUUUGUACAUGUUGGCAAAAAAAAAAUUAAAAAAAACAAUCUGUUUUGACUUUUUAAAUGUUUCCUACUGAUUACAUUUAUGUGAGGACCUGUCCUAACAGUUAAGCGCCUCCAACCCCUCUGGAUAUUGGAGCCAGGUACCGUUCCUUUCCGGCUCUCAUAACCAGGCAUGCGCAGUGCCGUCACGGCUUGUCAUAGACUAUCAUUAUGUUCAGUGAUUCAAUAAGACAAGAGAAUCAUUUGAUUGCGACAAGCACUGUGCAUAUACUAACUGUCCCAAUGCUCUUCUAUGACUAGCACUGUACAAGACAGUCUCAGCCGAGAAGGAGCGUGCGGCAGCGCUGAUGGGGACUUGGCGCUGGAGAAAAGGGCCAUUUAAAGAAACACUCCAAGCACUAGAACCAUUGCAGCAAUUUGGUAACUGUUGAUAAAGUGUCCUUCAAAAGCAAAAUGCGUGGUAUGUCUCCUUUUCUCCCCCUAAUGUAUUUUUAGUACUUUGGUAAAUUUUUCUGUGCUGGUUACCUGCCAUUGUUUUAUGUUUUGGGUAUAUUUUUGAAGAACUAAUUGUAAUAACUCUGAUGUAAUGUUUCCUUUGGCAGAGGGCACAAUUGUGAAAAUUUCAUUCAAUUUCAUGUCAGUGUUCACCAGUGUAAUCCAAAAGUUAAGUAACUAAUUGACUUCUUAUGGGGUUUCUUGAGCGAUGUUCCCCACCUCCUCUCAGCUUUCAGAGCCUACUACUUAGAUGCUGCCACUAGCUGUCCUAAGUUAAGCCCAGCAGUGCAAAGCCAGCUCAUUGGUGGAGAGUGUCAGAUGAUCUCACUCACCCACUGAGCUAAACCCGGCACUAAUGGGCUUAGCUCAGAGCUUCCGGCUGAGAGGAAGCUGCACAGUUGCAGGAAGUGGCACACGGCCCCUGACAAACGCCAGGCACAGUCAACCCAUUGCUAAACUGUUUGAGUACUUACAUGGAGGACACCAGGGUACCUCUAGCACUAUAAUCACUACAGCACAGUAUAGAAGUUAUGGCACUGUGAGUGUUCCUUUAAAAUCACCUCCUGUAGUCUGCACAGGAACAACCAAUUUUAAAUGUAAAAGCAAAAUCUCCCCAAAACGACACAUUCAUACAUGAAUAUACAUAAUGCCUUGCAAAAGUAUGCUGACCCUUUACCAAUUCUCACAUUAUCCUGACUGUCUAUAUAUUAACAUUUUAUGGUUUGUGUGCGCGAUACUUUAGUUGUAAACAUUUAAACUUAGAAAGUAUAUUUUUAUACAAGAUGACAUUGGGUUUAUGGUAAAUAUUUUGAUGGAAAACAAUAAAAUUGUUGUUUUUAAAAACAUUAAUCCCCUCUGCCCUGGAAGCUUCUUAAGUUACACAGCUGGGAAAAAAAACAGAAAACAUAUCGUUAACCAACAAUUGGAAUCUCCUUCGAGACCAGUUAAAGUCCUAAACUCAAUCCUAUUAAGAAACAUCAGCGAACAAGCUCCAUCCAAACUGAAUCACCUGGAGCAAAUAUGCCAAAACCAAUAGGCAAAAAUAUCACCAAAAGAAUGCCAAGAUGGCAGGUAGCCGAAAGGCUUAAAGGAACACAAGUCACAACACAACCUUAAUGCAUUCGAUUUGAUGCCCUCGGCCUCAACAUGAAUACCUUCCAACUUUUCAAUUGGACAGAGAGAAACACUAUCAUUUUAGGAGUUUGACUGGGAGUGUGGUCAAGGGUGUGGUUAAUCAGAGACAUUUUAGGUUACUUACAAAUAUUAAUUUAUGCAGCUAAACUUUAAUUUAGAACUAAAACAAUAUAUCUUAGUUAAACAUACUGAUUUGUAAACACAUUUAUUGUAGUUUAAAGACACAUUACUGUGAGUAUUAUUGCUGUGGAGCGGUUAUACACUCUGACACACCAACAAUAUGGAGCUCCAAGAAAAGAGAAACACUGGGGUAAAAAAGAGGGACAGAGCGUCCAAAAUAGGGACACUUGGAAUGUAUGACUAUGCUAUAUUUUUGCAUGCUCAAAUCCUUGUAGUUUUAUCACAAAAAUAACUUCUCCGCCAGUAUGCCUUCCCUGCCAGAGACCUUUCUUAUCAUUAUAUACAUCUCCGCCCCAACAGCACUGCUUUUAAUUCACAACCUGGCUGCAGACAGAGAAACUACAAACAGGCAGUGAUAUCUUUACUAUAUGCCUUCCUGAGUGCCCUCUCCUUCUUAUGUAGGUUAUUUUGUAGUUUAGAUCAUUCAAGACCAUCACUGGUUGAGCUGUCAAAACAUUUGACAAGGAAGUGUUAAGGUUUUCUAGAAUGAGGGGCGUGGCUUAGGUUUUGCAAAACAUUUUUUUGUUCAAAAACUACAGAGAUUUGAGCACCCAUAAAUAAUACAGCCUAUUAUUCAAAUGCAUUAAAGUGGUCUUGAUGAAUGGCGCGUCCCUUUAACGAUUCUACCUGCAAAACACAGCUUCACCAGAUAGUAACAUGAUGGGAUUGCAAGCAGCAGAUUUCAGUAUUUUCCUUCAGUAUUUUUAAGUAAUAUCCUCCCCCCCCACCCCCCCACAAUUGUACAGCGCUGAGGAAUAUGUUGGCACUUUAGAAAGUCCAGUAAUAAUAAUAAUUACACAUUAAUUCCUAAUUUUGGCUUUAAAAAUAUACCCUUAGAACGAAUGAGUUUGCAAUAAAAAAGUUUUGGACAUUUGUGAGUAUGUAUCAUUUGUAAUCCAGAAAGGAAUGAUUAUUUUUAAGGGGUGCCAAUACUUUUGCAAGGAAAUUCCUAUAACACACAGCUGCAGUGCUGUCCAGCUCACAAAGAUGCUAGAGGCAACAAUGUUAAUAGUUCUUCUAAUUAAGUUAUCAAUGUUGUAGAAUUUACCAUUUGUAUUUUGCCCGAUAUAUCAAUUAAAGGGUUACUCCAACGGUUUCUUGUUUUAAAUAAAAACUUAACUUGAAUCCAUCGCCAGGUCAAGUUCUCUCCAAUCCUUUCCAAACCUUCCUCAUCCUCACGCUGCAUUAUGCUUUUCUCAUAGAGAUGCAUUGUUCGACCUUGGGCACAUGUGCAGUAAGUGCGGGGAAAGUCAAUCUGCUUCUUCUGAUAAAGAAGUACUGGAUUCAAUUCUCUAUCACUGCGCAUGUGAGUGACUGCUCAUCUCUCCACUAAAGCCAGUCUGUCUCGCAAUUCUGGCAAUCUGAGCAAUGAGCCGGGGAGGGCUGGACAAGGAGAGUGAACUAAACAGGGGAGGAAAAGAGCAUCCAAUUUAUAGAGGCUGGGAGGGCUGGACUGUGAAGGCUGAACAGAAGGAGGGGGAUACAUAGAGCAAGUGCUGUGUGUGCGCGCAAGUUCCAUGCAUGAGGUCCAACAGGCUUCUCCUUGCAGGAGUGCUGCCACAGAGGGAAGAAGCAUAUUACAUCUGUCACCAGAGGGAACUUUAUCCGGGCACAAAUAUACAGAUUUCUCUGUCUAAGCAGAAUUUCAAAAAGCAGAAGAGGUCAUUGGUGUGUUGGAAUAACCCUUUAGAUAAAUUUAUAGUAAAUAUGGAUGAUUGUAACAAUAUUUGAUUUGGACCCAUCAGCAUGGAGUAAUACAGGAAUUCAUGUAUUACCCGUUUGGUCUGUAGCCUUUAGUAUGGUUACAGGAUAUUAGGCAAAGAUUAAACUUCUCUACAGGCUGUAUCUGCUGGACACCCAAUGGGAGAUAUAAUCAUCCUCUCAAAUGAUAUUACUCAAUAAUGGUGUCUUCCAACCCAAACACUAUUUUAAAUAUAGUGCAUACUGCUCUGUUAGUGUAUAUUAUGUAUAUAAACGCUUCCUGAGAAAAUUCAUAACAAAAACACAUCACCCCCUACAGCGAACAGCAUUUGUUUCACAACGCAUCUCAGAAUACCUUUUCAAUGGCUCAUUGCAUGCAACAAUUAUCUAGUAAAAAAUAAUAAUAUAUAUUAUUCCGAAUGUCUAGGAUAUGCUCACGAUCUAUUAAGAAUAAUUUGUUUUGGAGAGGUUUAUGCACGGAGGAUGGGAGAAUUUUCUGAUUUAGAUAUUUUUGAAUUUUUUAAGUCCUUUGAAGAUUACACGUUUAAUGAACAAACCAUAAUGUUAAAACCCCUUCAAUCACUUACCUGAAUCCAGCGCCAAUGUCCCUCGGCACUGGGUCAGACGCCACCCAUGCUCCGAGACCUAACGCGCGUUAACCAACACUUUCCUAUGGGGAUUUCAGUGACGCUGGAGGUCCUCAUGCAUAUCGUGAGGGUGUCCAGCGCCAUUUAGACGUGGAGUUAAUUAACCCUAGAGGUGGAGUUAAUUAACCCUGAGAGGUAAUUAUUGCAGUUUCCUAGAAACUGCUAUAAUUACCACUGUAGGGUUAAGGGAAAUUGCACUAAGACCACUUCAAUGAGCUGAAGUGGUCUGUGUGCCUAUAGUGUCCCUUUAACACCACAUAUCCAAGUUAGAUUAAAGUAUUUAAUGGAGCUACCCACUAUUUAACAAUUCUGCAAUAGACACAUUCUGUUAGUUCCUUCCUUCCUUGAUAUCCAUAUCUGCGUCUUGGUAGAAAAACAAUGCAAUAGUCGAUGUAACAUAAAUUGAGAGCGAACACUCUUCCAGGACAUGAAAAAAAUGAAUUUGAUCCCUUCAUAGAGUAUACUUAGAAUAAGGUCUAGACAAAGUGCUGCACUACUAUGUACAGGGAUGACACAGGUAAAAAGGUUACUUGUGCUGAAUUCCUAUAUAUAAAUAGCUAGAAAUAAAGACUAUCUGGAAUUUAGGUUUAUGGAGAAUAAACCCAUCUGAAAGUUACAGUUCUGUGAACCGUAAGAUUAAACAUUCAAGUGAAGGGAUGUAACACGUAACAUGUAAACAUUCAAGGAUAAGAACCAUAUUGAUGAAUCCUGAUUAUCUGGAGCAAAGAAGCUUGGCGGUGUUCGAGUCAGCUUUGCAACCAAUUACAGGUGUUACAGACUCCUUCACCAACAGAUGCUCUAUAAAGAAACCUGGGCGAAAUCCUUUGGUGCCCGGAAUGUUGGUUGCUAUAGGGAAUGAGACCUGUUUGUACAUCGAACAUGAAGCGUUACGGUCUGCACUGCUUAUUAAACAGCCGUGUGUACAGGAGUAGCGGAAUGCGAAGGGGACGACCCCCGGUCUGAUGAAGAGGACACAGAUCGAGUUGCAGCUUCUCUCUGAAGUUCCUCCAGCUUCUUCUGCAGUUCUGCUCUUAUGGACAGGAGAUCCUUAAGGUUCUGAUGAAUUGGCAUCUG